AUCACAGCGAGGAUAUGGAGAGCUCAGUUGAAUCGCUCAGUUAAAUCGAAAGUGCCUAAUCAGCUUUCAGUGUAGAUGUAACGGUGACUGUUUGGAGGUGUGGAUUUGAACUGCUUCAUUUAAAUGGAAAGUAUGGAACGAGAGCCACUUCUUGGAGUAAAAAAAUCAGGUAUGAAGCAUGAGAUACGAUUUUUUCCUCUGGUUUUCCGUUCAACACUACAAAAGUUUAUUUCGCGAAUACUGCGUUUCUAUAAUGUUAGGUUGCAGUACUUUGUUGUGAUCUUAGCGACAAAAUCUAAGCGCAAGUCAAACAAGAAGAGAAUCUAAUCCACAUACCUUUAAAAUUCAUUAUCAACUAAGAAUGUUUCUUUGUCAGUAAUCUGAAAUCAAGAGCAUUGAUCAGACGAGAGAAACUUCACGUUUGAGAAAUAUAGUUUGUGGGCCUGAUUUUGUGAUGCAUAACUGUGUUAAAAGAGAUUUAUCAGUAAAAGACGUAAAGAUACAAGUAGUUAUUUUCGUUGUAUCUUCCAGUUAAAAAAUUGGUCUAGAAAGUAGGUGAUUCAAGUGACUCGCUUCGUCAAAGGGGAAUUUUAGCAUGACUUGCAGACUAGGACAUGUCAAUGUCUCGUGAUCGUAACAUGAUGAUUACGUCUGCACUUCACUGGCGUUAAAAUGACAUUUACUGAUGUUAUCGUAAAUUGAACUUUCUGAAGCUAUCCAACAACAUUAUUUUUCCUUUAGAUAUAUUUCUUCCAACUCUGAAAAGAGCCGUAGUUCCAAAGGCAAAAUAUAGUAAACGUUUGGAAUUGCCCUUCAGAAGCAUAUUGAUAAAUUUACACAAUCUAUCGUUUACGCCAUUGCUUUGUUUAUGUACGAACUCUAAGCCCAAUGAAGUAUGGGACUGUGAGGAAAUCUUGCCUUGCGUUUUCUUGGUGAUGUUGGGUUUAGCAGUCCUGUCAAAAUUAUGAAUUUCAUGUAAAGAUUCAUUGAUAUUCAACAAUUGUUCAUCGUGGUGGAGGUGAAUAGUGGAGGAUAUUCACUGUGUUGCAACGCGGUGAGGUAAAUAUCCACCACUUUCAUUGACACUUUGGUAAAUAAUCGCUUUAGAAUAUCUACAUCUACUUUUAUUAAUUGACAACGCUUGCACAUCAAGUCACAAUUGGUUUCUUUCUAUCUUUAUAUGGAAAAAUGACUAAAAGUAGACUUUUGAUAUGAGGUUUUGACAUUUCAGUUGCUGGGAGGUGAAGUUAAUAACUGUAGUAAUAACUAUUCACCAAAGAGAAGGUACUAAGUGGUGGAUAUUUACCUAGCUGUGAAGUGGUGAGGUAAAUAUUUACUUCUAGCCACCAACACUGAGGUGAAUACUUGUCUCAGUAUAAAAUAAAACUGUGAGACAAAACAGUACAAAAAGAUCACUUGAACUCCUUCAUUCCUGCAAUUAUUACAAUAUUAUUAGUGCAAAUUCUGUGAAUAUUGCUCAAAGGUGAAUAAAAAAGGAUGAUUAGAGUUUAAGUAGCCAAUCAUUCAGCACACUUCAACACUAUCCAGUAUUUUAAUAUAUACUUAUGCUUAUCAUUUCUGAGCAGGCCUGAAUCAGCACUCGCAGCUCUUUUUAUCUGUGUGGAUUAUACUUAUAAAAAAUUGUUAAGGGCUCAAUGCAGUCUGGCCAAAGUCCCCUGCAAAUUGCUGCAAAGAGCCAUGAGCUAAUAGAUAUGGGCUAUAGAAAUCCUUCAUUACAUUGCUUUACAUAACAUUACAGAGAAAAGACCUUGGUCACUAAAUUUAAAGUGAUUUAAGUUGUCAAUUUGGUCACUUAUGUUAAUAGGUCAUGUAGCAAGUGUAAAGUUAUUAUUUUAAUGGAUAAAUAGAAUAAUAAUUAUGUUCUACUGCAAGGAAACAAGUUAAAAGAAUUUGUGUGUGAACUGGUAAAGGUGGGGUAGACCUUGUUUUGUUACUUAGCUGCCAGCACCCAAGGACAAUAUGAAGGCAAUCCUGAGUUGUGAGGCUUCCUGAGUGGGCGAGACAGAUCCAUCUUGCCUGCUUGGAUAGCCAGUCAGGGUAGCUUGGGAAGCCUGGUUUGAUCCUGUGCAAGAAAAAAAUUCAUAGAGUGAAAUUACAAACUGGUAACUUUUUGGACUACGUUGGUGAUGAAGUUGCAAAAAGGGGUAGACGGCUGUCCAAACAAAGACAACAUAAACAACUGUGGUGGGUUUAUUGUGCUACAAACACUGUGUUGGCUUUCUUUAUUGGCUCUCAAAAUAAACAAGUCAUUCUUGAUUUUUAUUUAAGGGAAAUCUGUUUGCUGGAUGGUAACCUUGUUCUCUUUUUGUGUUUUUAAUUGGACCUUUACUUUGUCUCAGUCCAUAAAAACACAAAAAAGAACUCACAGCCAAUAUUCAGCCAUUUUGACCUCGUACUAAGUCAAUAAUGCAUGUUUACUAAAUAGGCAAACUCACCCAAGUGUUAGGGGACAUAAACUUGUGACCGGGCAAAACCUUUUGAUACCAGUAACUUUUUUUAGCUAGAUCUUUCAAUCUCUCAACAGGUCGUCAAUCUCACAAUAGAUAUCCCUACUCUAGAUCAUCAAUCAGCGAUGAUUUUGAUGAAACCUCUGUGUAUUCCUACUGUGGGAAUAAUUAUAACAUUCCCAGACCAGACAGACGACAUGCAUAUUCUGAUACAACAUCCACAAGUAAUGAAGAGCCUCCUGCUGCAAGGAAAAUUAAUCGGCCUUACUUUAUAUGUCUAGUAACAAUUGCAAAUGUGGCACUUCUUAUGUACAUCUGUAUUGCUGGUGGAGUGGAGACUAUUGCUUUUAAGCCAGAACGUCAAAAUAUAUCAGUUGACAGAUUUGGAUACAUAGGAUCAAAUGAUUCAGUGCAUAAACAAGAUAUUUUUCGAUAUCAUGGGGUCAACUGGUUCAUUGGACCUAAUUCAUCUUUUCUGGUUCAGACGGGGGCUAAAUUUGGUCCGGUGAGUUAAGAAUAUUUCCUGCUAUUCAGUUUAUACUGAUGAAGAGAAUUUGGUUGAUUAUCAAGAGCUUCUUUAGUUUUUGACCAUCUUCAUUAUCCUUAUAGCUUUAAUUAGUUUGAAUCAGCUAAUAUUGUAAAGAGAAACUUGAUCUCAGCAACUCUUAGGGGUUUUAGGGUUAAAUUUACAAACAGGUAGACAUUUUUUUAUUUUCAGUUGUAAGGUUUCUUGGCCAUGUUUUGUGCACUUUCACAGCACUUGAAGGUAAUGAAGGGAUCUUAUACUGAGAACCCAUGCAAUCAUCGCAAAGACUAGGUGCCAUAUUUUCACUUCUAUUAAGCAGUUGUGGUCACCUUUGGCUGAGUCCCAACAGCCUGUUUGAAUGGUCACUUAAAGUGGUUAACCCUUAAACUCCCAUGAAUGAUCAAGACAAAAUUUCUCCUUACCAUAUCAAAAUAAUAUCAAGAAGACAAGUGAUGAGAAUAAAGAAAAAUAUUAACAAGGGGAUAAUUUGUUGAUCCAAUACCAAAUUCUCCAAACUAACAUCACGAGAACUAUAUGACAGACAAGAAGGAGAAUUACUAAUGAGAUCUUGGGAGUUAAACAGUUAAAGUGGAACCACUGUGGCAAAACUAAAAAUAAGGUAACAGACCAAAAUGUCAAGAACAACUCCCUGGAAAAAAGCUGUUGGAAGACAAUAAUUGCAUUCAUUAAAUGUUUUUUUCAGUGCAUGAAGAAGUUGGAGGUCAUAGAAGAAAGAAUUAAAAAUAUAUCAGAAAAAGAAGCCGAUUAUGUUUGUUGUUCCUUUCAUGAGGAGUGUGGAAUGGUGAAAAAUUCAAGGUAUGGGUUUAUUUUAAAGUAGCACUUACUGGUAAUCUAGCAGAGCCCUUUACAACUUAACAUCAAUAAGUAUCUUCUCCAUACUGUUCUCUGUACAUUUCCUAAAGUAUUGAAAAGGAGAAUUUGUAUGAAAAUCAGAUGCUUCUUAAAUUGGUGAUCAUUGCCUUCAUUCUCAUAACCAUUACAUUUAAUUUAAGGGUGACACUGUAACGAGAAAUAAGAGGUCAGCCAAUCUUGGGGGUUAAAGGGUCAAGCAUUCCAAUGAGUCCCAUAGAACUGGCUUACUAAUUUCAAGCUGAGAGCUUCUUCCAGUCAAGGGAAGAGAAGGGAGCUUUCUUUAGAGGGCACCAUAUUCAUUUUAUCAAUGUUUUGCUGAGGGAAUAUGCUAUCACAUGUACUUUGUCAAAAAAUCUGCAAUUUGGAUGGAAUCCCUUGUUUGUUUCUUGUUAUCAUAUUGGUCAGUUUUUUAUUAGUAACCCUGCUUAUGGUUAUUUUUUUGUUGUUGACACAUUUACUGCUAUGAGUGCCAAUGAAAAUCAAUGUGCAAUUUUCUUUUAAAGUUGCCUACCAGGUAUUAUCAUUGAUACUGGGAACUGUACAAGUCCAAAUAGUCAUUACUGCAGACAUGGUGUUACCCUGCGACCCUGUUGUCUUGGACUUUACUCUCAGUGUGAGGUUAUCUCUGAGCAGUAUUGUCUAUAUAUGGGAGGUCACUGGCAUAAAAACCAGGUACAAAUUGAAAUUUUUUUGAAUGAAAUGAAUCAUUUUUACAGUUACCUUUAAAUUUUGAUCAUGAUUUUAGAACCUUCCCUCCCCUUAUGUAAUCUGAGCUAAAACAUGUCCCCAAGAUGACUUCUUUAGCUAAAAGUGAAUGGACAGUGGGCUGCCAGAUUAAAUUGGAAUAGAUUAGAGGAACAUCAACCUGCAUAAAAAUUUAUGAAGCAAGGCUUAAAAUAACUUUAAAUUAUAGGCCCUAAUUGAUCCUUCUGUUAAAAAAGACAAUUUUGAAAGUAUCUUUAUUUAUUACAUCCAUUUUAAAAUCACCAGUGAUCCUUGCAAUCUGAUUGGCCUUCAUUGGUGUAGUUUAUUCACAAAUUGUGAUAUUUUUUUUGCUCUAAAUUGCAUAUUUUUCCUAGCCAAUAGGAAGGCUAUUCUAAAUCACUUGACAACAACCAAUCAAAUUACAUGAAAAUUAGUGAAAGCUUUUGCAACUUUUAAAAAUCUUGAACUCAGUACUGGAUCAAUAAAAUAUCUAAUUAUACAGACUGAAAAAUCCUGUAUCCAACUGACUGCAGAGUUUUGUGACCUCAAAAUGGAUGUGAUAAGGUGGUAAUUGGACUUCAUGCUAAGCAAUUGUGGUCUAAAAUCAUACUUGUUAUUACAAAUCAAACUUGCGCUUCAGUCUUUCGUUUUGAAAUCACGCAUAUGAUUUCAGACCAAAUUGCACAGAACGAAGUGCAAUUAAACCAUUAUUAACUAGCCAAAUGGUUUCACUCUUUUCAAGUAUCACCCCUUGCUAUAUUGAUUUAAAAGGAAGACAGUCAUUGUUGUCAGUGGUAAUUUGCAAUCUGAGCAUGCCCGAAGCCAGAAAUAAAAUGUGAACAAAACUGCCUACAUUUGGGUAUGAAACAACUGGUUACGAAAUGACUGUGGUUACGAAAUGACCGAAUACCCAUCCAUCUUGAGCGAAGCUUGGUCUAUGAUGGCUUCAGGAACAAAAAGAUCAGUGCUCUAUUAAGAGCUACACUGUAAUAAUUGUUAAUUGUUUUGAGAGACUCAAAAGAAACCAACUGUUUUUGUAGCAUAAUAAACUCACGAGAGUCGUUUAUAUUUUCUUUAUUUUGACUGCUUUUCUGCUUCUGCUUUUCUUAUCGCCGAUGUUGUCCAAGAAAUACUGACUUUAUAUGUCCGCUUUAAGUCAUUUUUUUUUCUUGCGCGGGAUCAAAUCGAGCAAUCCCGAGCGUACAAGAUGGGCCCAUCUCUCCCGCUCGAGUGAACAAUCAACACAAGAUUCGCUUUUUAUUGGCCACAGGCACUGUCAGCAAUAUAAUAAAACUUAAUUUGACUUCUUUUCCAUGUUUCCUUGUUGACAUUGGGGUAGACCCUCUGUAGCCAGGUGAAUUGCCUUGAUGGUAUCUGUGGAAUGAGUGGUGUGAAGAACGAGACUGGUGGAAAGCAGUGGUACAGAUUGAUCACGGCAAUCUUUUUACACCUCGGUAAGUUUUUUUGGGUUUCAAAGGUUUUUUUGCUGUCUGUGAACCUCCUUCUCAGCGAGGGGGGCAUUCCUAUUUGACCAGACAAGCUGUAUUUGGGGUAUUGAAUCAUAAACGGGGUCUAAGAUUUAACUCUUCGGUUUCAUAAGCAGAGUUUCUCUCUCCAUCUGAAGUAUGGAAUGGGCAGUGGGUAGUUUGUAUGCACAAUACGUACCAUUUUUUUUUCAUCUCUCUUGCUUGCUCCCUUUGUUCAGACGUCACACUUUUUCUGCAAGCAAAGAAACAAUUGUGCCAAAGCGCUAUUAAUGAGGGUGUGCUUGCAAAACUACCUGUGACUGUGAGAGUGACUUUUAUUUGUCCCUGCUGUAAAUGGAAAAAUAAUGCUCUGUUACCCAACCCCCUUUUAACGAAAGCGACACUCGCUCCUUUCCCCCCGCGGCUAAACAGAACAGAGCUCGAUUUUUCCCCACUAAGUUCUACAUGUAGUUGUAAAUGGCAACCUCACAAUGGCCUAAUAAAGGGGAGUGUCAUGAAUUUUUUUUUCUUUCAGGAGUGAUUCAUCUAAUUGCAAAUCUCAGCUUCCAGAUUCCUGUAGGAAUUUUGAUUGAAAGAGAAAUAGGGUGGGUCUCCUUUGUUAUGAUUAACAAGGGCUUUUCAUACAAAAUAGAUUACUAGUAGUUGAAAUUUUUUUGUAGUGAUGUUUUAUCUUUAAACUUUGUGCACUACACGAAAUUAUAGAAUAGUCUAGUUUUCAGAUUGGAACGCUUUCAACGGUACUCUGAAUUUGAAAACCGUGCCUCUUUCUCGUCUUUCUUUCUUCCCUUCUAUCUGUCUUUCUUUUUUCCUACCUUUCUUGUCAUUCUUUCUUCCUUUCUUGUUUUUCCCAUGCUAACUAGUAGCAAGGACGUUUCUGAGAGGCGACCGUUGGCCGGAAGUAGUACAUAACUACUUCCGGUGCGGUUUAACGUCGCCCAAUCAAUUUCGAAAGCUCUUUCACGUAGUAAAUGUUCAAAUGGUAAUUCUACUUGUUAAGUGAUAGUUUUGUCUUUUUAAUUUGCGAUGGAUUGUCAUCCCAGCCAGGGACUGUUGCAAUUCUCUUAGUCGGAAACUGGGAACAGGUGCGGCCACAGAUAUGGGUCACUUCGCUCGAUAGGUGACUACACCUUUCGUAUGAGAGGUGCCCGAGAGUAUUCAUGCGUAUGCUAUGAAACUGGCUAAUAAACCGCCUGGACCAGUGUUCUCCUACUCAGGCGGUAACUGGUGAAAUUUACCGCCUGUAAUACCUUUUCUUACGACCCAAAAUAGCUUGGGAUUCUUGCAAAUUCAACAGGAUUGCUCUACCGGUUUCAAAAUUUCUUCACUCUUUCCUACCAGAAAUAAGGGAGAACUUUACCAGACUUGUUGACAGUAUAGUAUGUAGCCACAACAACGGAACGUCUUUUUGUGUAGAUAAGUUUUUUUGUGUUGUUUUUUGAUGAAGUUCCCUUUUCUUUCAUUAGAUCCAUUCGGAUUGGUUUAAUCUACCUGAUAAGUGGCAUCGGUGGGAAUUUAUUUUGCGGACUUUUUGAUCCUCUGACUCCACAGGUAUGUACACGGGUGAAUUCGCAAACAAUUUUUAAUUUUGCGACUCCAUGCACACAUAACCUCUCCCUAAAAACUUAAUACUCACUUAAACAGACGGUUGAUGAGAAUUUAGAAACAGAAAGAAACUCUUUUUCUUGAUCUCUAAAGUUGACAGUUGAACAAAGAUAUCGAGUCGGAAGAAUAAACUAACAUCUACUUUGCUGAAGUUUCAUUUUAAAGCGAAGCUUGGAUAAGCGGCGGCGAUUGGGAAAUCUAUUUAAGGCCUGAACCGUUUUCUCCUAGAAGACAAAUAACUACAAAAGUGCUGCGUCCUCUAAAAUUAACCGGAUUUAAAAUUCCGGGUUAAAACAUGGUAGAAAAAACUUCAUUACCUUCUUAAGCUUUUUAUGGGGUUCUUAGCUUUUUCCUUUGUCCUGCGCUCUCUUUGUCUUUUGAUUCUGUAUUUUCUUUAUCGAUUAAUUGUUAUAGGCUGGUGCCUCGGGAGCUCUGUUCGGUAUCCUUGCCUUAGUGAUAGUUAAAAUGGUGCAAUUUGGACGUGAAGUGAAGAGACCGUGUGUUGAAGCUCUUAUGGUGCUGGUCGUGGUAAUGAUCAGUUUUGGUAAGUUCGGUAACUUAGUCUAUAGUUCGUUCCUUCUCGAACGAAUCAUUUCCCGAUGAGAUGUUAAGUGACGUGACGUGAUGUCAUGUCAUUUGACGUGAUCACAUCUGGUGUCACGUGAAAUAAUGUCGUGUUUAUAUUUUUUCAUUGCUAUUGUUACUUGCAUGCCAAUCUGACAUGAAAAAAGUUGAAAUUGAAGUUGGAGUUCUUGAACUGAGGAGGUCUUUUUCUUUUUUUUUGGGGGGGGGGUGGAUCACAUGGUUUUCAAGGGGAAGGGAGGGGGUCAGUCGUCGUCAAAAGAAUAUAAACGGGGGACUAUAGAAAAUGAGGGGGGGGAAUAAGAAUAUUACAGACUUGUGGGGGGAGGGGUAAAUUUUUUGGUGAAUUUUAUUCCGACACAAUCAAAAUCCUUCAAACCCCCCCUCCCCCCGUCGGUAAAUGAUGACCAGUUCCCAAAACAUGUUUUUUUUAUUUUAUUUUAUGUCACAGCCUUAGGGACGUUACCAUACAUCGGAAACUUCGUACACAUUGGAGGGUUUGUGUUUGGUAUUUUUGCCUCGUUGGUGUUCCUUCCACGAUCAAACUUUCGUCGAUUCCAGACCAUGGCUCUUUAUACCUGUUUCAAAGGAGUUUUUGCGCUCCUUCUUGCUGCGCUGACUAUUGUCUUUUGUAUUUUUUUUGCCUUUGACAAAAAGUCCAAGUUCUGUUCAUGGUGUCAAUACCUCGACUGUGUUCCAUAUACGGAACAUUUUUGUCCAAACAUGAAUUCAGAUGGAUAUGCAAACACCGGUGGAUAGAAUUCACUUGUGAAUUGAUGAAAACAGCGAGAUGAAAGGAGAUCAGAGCUAAAAUAGUGCGCAGACCCUGACGUUAUUGAGGCCACACGAGUCCUCUUGAAUUCUCGACACUAAAGUAACCACUGUUUUAGAAGACAAUUAACGAUAGUUGACCUGAGGGAGCAAGAAUUGAUGAGAUUCAAGGAGGACUGAUGAGUCCACGUAAGAGUUUGGCAGAGUUCAAGCCUUGCUCAUUGUUCAACUGCAAUUUCGUAAGAGUAUUUUGAGCGGUUUUAUGAAUUUAAGGAUAUUCAAGGAGAUGCAGUUGUCUCCGAGACAGCUGUUUAUUUUUAGGAAAUAAUUAAUUUCUCCUUCGCUUGCAGAGAAACCAUUUACAUCUGAAUAACCCAAGCUUAGGCCUAUCCAUGCCAGAAUGCAGGAUAUAAGGUCUUAACAUGACCUUGUGUUGAAUAGAAAAGCCCAUCUGUAUGUAGGAUUAAUGUUAGUGAUUUCGGUUGUGUUGGAAUCCAAGCCAAUGGUGUGUUGUUCAAGGGGUUGGUCUUAGAGUGCUUCACCCCUACCUCCAUUACUCCAAAACUGUCUCUGAUCCCCUCCACCUCUCCCACAAAGCUAUGUGGGACAAGAACACGGGCGACCAGAGAGUUUAGAGAACGGAUAAGAACUGAGCUGCAAUAACUGUAAAUAGAUGGGCUUUAGGCAGUGGAUACAAAGAAAAAGUGAAGGAGAAGUAUAGAAGUAGCCAAAACGAAAGUUAAAGUAUCUUUUUGACUUCAGAGUGAACAUAGAGGAUAGAUUCAGCAAUAAUUUUGCUAGUUGCUGCCGAUGCAGGGCCACAGAAAGUACUCUGGAUAUUACUUGUUUUCUCGAGAUUUAAUUCUAGUCAAAGUGAGCUGAAUAUAACUUGUAUGAAGAUUUAUCAAAUAUGUCUGAAUUUAAAAUUUAAAGCAAAUAAAUUUGAUUUUAAAAGGACAUUUUAAAAUAUGCUGUAGGUAAAUACAGUUGAUUUCUAUUGAUGUUGUUAAUUAUUACAGUGCCUCUUCUGUGACUGGGGCCAAAAUUAACCAAUCACAUGGUAGAAAACGAAUAACGACUCCAACUGAUUAGUAGUGUCAAUCAGUAUGUAGGACCAAAUCGGGUAAAGAUGACCAAGAAAUAAGAAGGAUUUAAAUCUUCGUUUCUUGUAAUAAGUUAAGUGAGUUUUUUCGAAAAGACCAAGGUGACAGUGGUUGCGCGAUGACUUUUUUGUCCAAAAUGGCCCUGCGUCGAAGCGAAAUAAGUGGAUAACUCGGAAGAGCAAAAGUUACCAGAAUUUCAAUCUUCUAUGCAGAGAAAUCGCUUAGAAACGGGUCAAAUUUUUCAAAGGAGAGGGGAAAUUUAGAUCGUGGAGCGGAAAGGGAUGUUAUUUUCUUUGAUCUCUAGUUUUUUGAGGGGAAAAGAAGGAGGUAGUCUAAUCUUUAACCUAUCUUUGAAGAUAAUUCUCCCACUGUAUGAAGUAUCAAGGGUUUAUAUGAGCCGCUAUCAGAGGCCCACAGACAAAUUAGCUAAAGCGGAAGAAGUUUGCGGUCAGGCUCUCUCUGUCCUCCCUCACUAUUUCAUAAAAUCGCUAAGCAUCUUUGCGGAGAUCCAAGAGGGAAAUCACGCACUGCUGCAUUGGAUAAUUGCAAGAAUAUAGCGGGGUAAGCAUGGGAACAGCCUAAAAAGAUAUUAUUUUUUAUUUCUAAAAUUGCGUUAUGUUUAUUUUGGUCAUUAGAAGCUCGGAAUAUUCAAAAACUAUUCGAAUAUUUGUGGAAAUGACCAUCGAUGCAGUGUAGCACGAGUUUUUAAUAACUUCUUCCUUAAGCAGCUGCCUUGGGUAUAAUAAGUGGCUGUGCUGUAAGGCGAAACCCGAUCACGAGAUCUGUGGACUGCACAGAUGACGGUAUGAGGUCUUGUAGGAGAGUUCCAAUGGGGUGAUGGCUUCUACGGCUACGGUUGAAGUUUUGGUCAAUUUACAGCUGACAGUUUAUAUCUUUCCAUUGUUUUCACCGGAAAGUUUUUUACGGUUAAUUCUUGUUUACGACUAACGGUCAAAAGUUAUCAGUUGUUACACCCAACGGCUAAAGUUUUUGACCGAGUUACGGCACGUGUUUAACCCCAUUGAGACCCUCUUAUAGGCGGCGGUACACCGACAAUAAUUGGUUGUGGCAUUUUCUGUCAGUUUAAACGCCAGGAUCAAAUUUCCGUCGACGUCUUUAAACGUGUCAUCGGGUCUAGUGAGUCAUUCAUUCCAGUCGAGCUGGAAAAAUCCCAAGAAUGCUCUCGACUUUUUGCCUUCACUUUCACUCAGACAUGCCAAAGCCAGGAUUUUCUUUAUUGGCGUGUUUUCCAAGUGAGUCAAGUGGAACUGAGAGAGCUGAAGGCUCAGCUAAUGUUAACCAACUCAGGCUGCGAUCGAUAAAUCUUACACUAUGGCCAUUGGCUUUCACAAAGCGCGUGUUCGUCGAGGCUUUCUUUGAUUCUUGCAUUCAGAAGGAUGAAGACAGAUUCUUGGGCAUAAACAGACGAUGGUAAGCGUUUUUGUACUUGUGUAUACUCCUUUGAGGCGAGUUAUUAAGCGACAUAAGGCGAUAAAUAUUGCAUGCGUUUGUCCAAAGCUGUAAGACUGCCGCUUAAGGAACAUCCCAAUUCUUCUACGUUCUCCAACAGGACCUAAGAAGAAAAGCAAAGCUUGAGUUUUAAAAGAGUUGAGGAGGGUAGAUAUAAAUUCUGACAUACCCCUACCCUCAAGGGAUGAAAAAGUGAAAAGUGAAAAAGAUAGGUUAUCUACUACGGCUCUAGCUUUCGAAAUGACCCCUGACAUUUUUUCAACGGAGAAGAAAGAUUGUGUGACACAAAUUGUGACAUCCUGGUGUCUUUCAAUUUUUUGCCAGUGUCUACCUCUAUUGAAUUUAAAACAGAUGAUAAGUAAAAGCUGUUUUUCAAUGCCAGCAGGACAGGAGCCACUAGUAUUCUUCGCUUGUCUCGGCUGAAGAAGGUUGCACUGCGCACAUCGUGUAAUCGUAGGGGGGGGAGGGGUAGAAGGGGGGGAGGAGGCAGAAGGGGUUUGAAGGGUCAAGGUAAGGUGCUACUAAUUGAGUGAAAUCUAAAAGGUUGCGUCUGAAAGAUUCUGACCAAAUUCCAGGAGAUGUCUUUACCAUGGAGACUUGUAACGGUAUUUCUUCAAUCCCAAACCACGCAUUGUGGUUUUCUCGACGAUGGAUGCCUUUGGAUGUUAUUACCAUCGCUUGCAGUGUUGAACCGGACAAGAUAUUAUUCCCCUCGUUUAUGAUCAAUCUACACAUGAAGGACGAGCACAGUGAUGAACAGGUAUUAAAUUUAAAAGCCCUUACUGAUAAAAUUAUCAUGAUUUUAUGUGGAAAAUAUUUCGCAUAAAGCCUCAAUUGAGGAGUUAGCCAUGUUACAGUGUAGAUUAACUUAAGGAGUCAGAUAAAUAGAUGUACAUUUAUUGAACGCAACGGCUGAUAAAACCAAAUGAUUUCUUAAUACCACCCACUGACGCAGCACCACAGUGCUGAAAAAAACUUAGAACUGAACAGUUAGACCUGAACUUAUCUCCUUCAUAAUACAUCUGUUGCGUAACAUCAGCAACGUAAUUAGGAGGCUUUUUCUACGAGCUUGGGCCAUGCACGAGGUUGAUACAUGUCAUAAUUGCUGAAGUACCAGCUACAUUCAAGCGAAAAAAUGACUUGAGAUCGAUAGGAAGAGACUUUUGGGAUGAGCUCUCUGUAAGGAAUCAGGACACUUGGCUUAAUCUUCUCAAGUUCAAGAGGAGAUUUGGUUGCUCUUUUACAGUGCACUGUAUUCCACUGUAUUCCACACUAUUUUCCUCUUCUGUUCGUUGCGAGAAUUAUGCGUACAUCUUGUUAACGCCACGAUGAUGUUUAUGAAACAAAUGCACAACUACUACGGGUUGUUUUUCCUCAAAAGAGUUAGGGCACACUUCGCAGCUUCUCUUUGUAAGCUAACUACAAUGCGAAUGUAUCAGCGUAUUAAAUAGUGUCUCUUUUGCUUUAAAUUUGGCAAUGCAGAUGUUUAAUCAACCAAAGAACAAAGGCUGUGAUAUGGAGCCGUCGUUAGGAGCAGGUACAAACUGGUUCACUCAGAUAAAUCAGUGUUUUUCUCUUUUACUCAAUAUCAGGUGCACAGCACACUUGGGGUUGUUCACUUGUUCAUCUUCUCCUGCGCGAGAAGUACCUCCCUUGUAGAAGCAGUUCUUGGAAGACAGGGUUUAUUCUCUUUCAUCCACAUAAACGCCCUUUCUGAAGGUAGGUUGGUGUUUGUCUGUCUCUUGUAUCGCAAAUCUCCCUCUUCGUGAGGCAUUUUCCCUAGUUUGCGGCUGAUGUAAAUGUUUCUUGGGACAAAACUAUGCAAUCUUGGGAUUUGCGUGGCGAUCGUUUGGUAGUCUCGUGUUUUCUCAGUGGAGAUAAAUCCGCCGUAAGAUAGGGAGUUUUUUUUCCCACUUCCACGGCGUUACAUUUUUAAAACUGGAAAUCCCCGUCAAGAAUGAUAACAUUUCAACGAGGAAAUCUUUCUUCGCCGUCUUAAUGCCGCACGGAAGCAUUCAUGCACAGAGCAGAGUUAAAAAAAAGCUUCAGAACAUCACAGCGAAAAUCAACCCCGCACUUUUCACUGAGUCCAAGAUACUUCAGGUGACCGUUACAAGUUGAAUGUGCAUGUUUGUUGUCUAUCCACAAGAUUGCUCCUUUCUUUCCUCUUUGACAAUGUGGCCUGUGUCAGUCAGGUGUGUCAAAAAAUGGUUUAGUUAAACAAGGUUUUGCCUGGGCCUUGAAGUCUUUGAUUUUUAUCUUAUAAAUGUAUGUCACCAAGGUGCGAAUUUAGCGGCAAAGUGUUACAGCGUGGCUCGAAUCACAGUUAGUUAUUGAAGUAAUUUCCUAUUUGAAAUCUUUUUGUUUCUUUGUAUAAACGUUCUUCCAGAGGUUCGCAAUCAUCGUUAAAAAAAAAAUAAAAAGAAAAAACCUAAGAACAACUGAGAAAUGAACUACGGAGGCUUACGCAACAAUAUCCUAGGUUUUUUUUUAUUCAAAAAGCAGGUAACCACCCUGACAGAAAAAUAUCGUUUUCGCUGGGAUUAGGAAAACCGCAUUGACAGACAUUAUAACUUCUAAGGAAACAACAAAAAAAAAUUGGCCACCUGAAUAUAGGGGAUCAUGCGCAGUAGUUACUUCUUGACAGAUGAAUGAAUCCAUUCACAACUAUUGACAUGUUCAUGUGCGGGACAAUAAACCACGUGGUACUACUCGCGUGCGGCGCUCAGACUUAUUAAAUACCAAGAAACCUGAAUAUGGAAUACAACAAAGUUACUAAUUGCCGAACCUACUUCUUACUUGAAUUACAAACGAUAUUGACAGUCUUAAUAAUUAGCCCAUAUCGGUCGGUAAAUUGUAGCGCUAAUGCAACAAAGAUUAUUGGGGAUUCUAUCAAAUCGUUUGUUGUGUUUCUGGAAUUCCCGACGCUCACGAAAAAAGCUAUUUUAAAAGUUACGCGCUUAUCAGAAGGAAACUUUAAAGGUUUUAUAUAUCUCUCUCUCUCUCUCUCUCUCUCUCUCUCUCUCUCUCUCUCGGGCAGUCAAUUCUAAGUAGUUCAGUUUUAUUAUGUGUUAAAGUUGGCAGAUGUAUAAGUCAGACGGGUGUGUUACAGUAGGUGUGUUUCAUUAACUUAAGUAUUAGCAAACUAAGUAAGGCUAUGGGUUUGUGUUCCACAAAUUACUUCAACCAAAUUGUUAGUCACGUCUUGUUUUUUAGUAAUUUUGUGACACAUUAGAGAAAAUGGUUUGAAAAAACAAGUGAGAAAAUGAAACAAUUCACCCAGUUCCUUUAUGUACACCAUGAAUUAAAAAUCUGAUAAUCUGAACUGGCUAAAAAUUCGGAACAAAUCUCGUCGGUUGGUACUGCUGAAAAAGUAGAGUUGAUGAUGAAAAAGUGCAAAAAAUAACCCAACAAUGGAACAGGGAAAAAGAACGGGACCGGCAAAUCAUUGCAGUUAUUAGCUACGAGAUUCUUGUUGUUCGCUCGUGUCCUUUUGUUUACUUUUCAUGAAGAUAUCAUUAUUCACUUGCCACGGAACUAGUUUCACUGACAAUAGUUCUUUAUUUCGCCGAAACGUGUGUACAACAGGUUCCAUGUUGGUAUUGAAAAGAAGGUCCAUACACGCGGCCUGCGCACAGCCAUUAUUAUAAAUUACCACGAUUUAAUGGUAAUCUCCAUUAAGCAAUUUGUUCAAGAGUUAACUUUUCGCAUCGAGACUGUUUGUCUUUGGAAGAUGUCGAGCGACAUCUUUUCCUUUUCGUGUAGCGUCAGCUUGAAGUGGAAAUAAAUGCAAGGAAAUUAAUUUCUGUCGUGUUACUGAACAGUACACUGCAGACAACGGAUUCCCGAGCGCCGUUUUUCUUAGUUUUUGGCAUGUCAAGCCAUUUUCUAACAAUAAAAAUGGUUGCCGGAAGAAAUUAUCAUUUCCACGAAAAAAUCGCGCCAUCUGCAAAGUGUUUAUCUAGUCUUAAUUUUGCAUUUUCUCUUUUAUUACAGUCUUUUUAUGAGCCGAGUAAGCUAAAUCUCUGCAUUAAAGCUUUCUUGUGGCUUUCCGCAGCUGCUAAACACCAUUCAAAAUUGUUUCUAACAAAAAUAUGGAGUUCCAAAUAAUUUCCCUAUAAUUUUAACAGCACUUGUUACAUUAUAUACAAUUUCUCUCCAACCCUUCAGAGCGAAAUUAAAAUUUGAUGUUAUGUUAUUAAUGUUUUUGAACUCGCAAUACUCAGGCUGAGAAUGUCCCUUAUGUAUAUAAACUCGCGUGGCGCUGUCGUCCGCCGUGUGUUUUCUUAAACGCACCCUUCGGCGUUUUAUCAGAUUUGAAGUUCGUGGUAUUCCGAAGCUCCGCGAAAGUUACGGCCAUGUAGGAGUUCGUAACCCAUCGUCUUCAAGCUUUGUUAUGCUCUAAAAAUAAUAAUUAUAUCUGCUAAACAGUUUACAAAGAUUCGACAGAGUGUCGCAUAACAACCGUUGGUAUCAUGGUGGGAUAUCAAAACAAGUGUUUAAACAUUGCGGUCGGAAUCCAAAAUUUUUUUUGAUUCUCUUUGUUCGUUUCAAAGAGUGUUUCUGGGAGUAAAUUAAACCAAUUCAUCAUGGAUAUUUAGUUCUUUACGGCACGUGGGUGAGUUUACAAGAGUCUGUGUCAUUCUGUAAACUAUCAACAGUGGUUUUUUCCCAUAAAGACGAUUAUUCGACUGUCUACUUCACAACCGGCCAAAAUAUGUCGUGCGAGACGUUAAUCCACAGCCAUGAUUUCUGAAGACAGCUUUGUCUUCCCUUUGUUAGUUUCGCCGUGAGAGAAGUCUCGGUAAUGAAAACUGGAUCAGCAAGUGAAUUAAUUUAGCUGCCCUUCUGGUCGACGUAUUGGAGAUUUUAGCGAGGAAUAAAUUCCGCAAACAAUCUUAACAUGCACAAAUUUUGUCGCGAUCGCAACGGUGAAUUUUGCCUGAUCAGUGGCCACUGCCGAUGCGACUUUAAACAGUUUCGGUAAUUACUACUCUAAUUAACAAUUUUCAAUGCAGACUCCUCCGUGGGUUCCCUUUUGGGGUGGAAAUUGUCUGCGGCUAUAAGGUUCGAUUUUGAUGAACGGCCGUUUUGGAAAGUGACAAGUUGGAGAGAUUUGAAUUGUUUUUGACAAUCUAAACCAAUAAACACCUUAAUUUGGUUGAUGAAAAUAAUUACGACUGUCAAUUAGACUCCAAGGAAAAACCAUUUCUCACGGCUCGCUUCUGCACCUGCGAGAUUUGCAAGUGAAAUAAGCUUUUAGACAAUGACAAGGCUCAAUUAGAUAUUGUCGUGUAGCCCUAUCACGUUCACCUUCAGAAGACCGUGCACAAUAGAAGUAGCGGUUUGUUCCAAAGGGACGUGAAGGAGGAAUUAUCUUGAAUGAAUCGUUCGUAGAGUGAAUGCAUUUCCUGUGAUUCUCUGCGAGGGAAAGCGAGCUCGAUUUCGCAAUUGGAAGGCUUGUGGGCAGAAGUUGUGAAAGGUUUAGGACUUAAUUUCCGGAAAAAGUCGGAGAGUCCUAGGAAGGCUUUUGGAAGCGCCUCUCCUCUGCAUACAAAGGUGGGUUUGGAUAUGUGCCUUUGGGGGUAAUAUUCAUCAUGAUUUUGUAGGAUUUUCAUGUAAAGAAAAACAUGACAAACAUCGUAAAAUAUGUGGUUUCAACCUUCAAUAUAUCGGCUUGUUUUCGUUAAGUGAAUGUAAUUCGAAUUUAUGUGAACGAUCAUGAAUCAUUAAUUAAAUUUAGCGAAACAUUGUAAAGAACAUUUCUUAGAUUAGAUGCCAAUGUCGGUAGAGAGCUGCAAUAAUACUCUUCCGCCAAACCUACCAUGAGAAGCUCUAUUUUUUUUUUUCGGGGAACCUUUUUUUACAAUAAAACAAACGGAUUCUUACAAAAGGUGACGUCCGAGUCAAAUCAAAUUAGUGUUAUCUGAAGAAUUCUUUAUAAAUGAAACGCUUUCAAAUUAUUCCCAAACGUAGCACAUAAUGAUAGCGAAAACAUUGCAAGAAAUUCCUCUAGAAAAGACAUUUUAAGAUAAAGCAAAAUUUUAAUUAAUAAAAGUCAUAAAUCAAAGUUUCAAAGUAGCGCUCGGUACAGGUGAAUCUUUGCUCGUGUCUUUGUAGACAGUGUUUCAGAAAUCGUGAUUUUAUUUUUUAUGUAAUGAUUACUCUUCUCGAAAACUUAUCGUAGAUGAGCGAUUUUCAUAGCCUGCAUAUUUGCCGUUGUGUUUUCAUGUUGCUCUCGUACCUUGGAAUUUAGACGAAUGUAGACCGCAAUGUUUACAGCGGUGUAAUUUCUCUGGUGGGGUUGUUUUAGGUGUUGGCAAUUGCUUUCUGUUAUUUUUUUAACCACAAUGGUGGGUGUUUUCCAAAUUGUAUCGGUUUAAAGACCAGGCUUAGACGGUUCAAGAUUGGAAAACACGGAAAAAAAAUUCGAGAGAGAAAUUCAUGGUAACACCUAAAUCAGUGCCUGAAAGCGGGUGAAUUGUGUGGUGCUAGAAGUAGCAGGUUUUUUUGUUGUAGGUGACUACGCGCGAGCAAUCUCGCGCCAUCUGCAUCUCUGUACCUUUGCAUAACUUAAACCUGAGCUUGGCGAUCUGCGGUUUGAGCUCAUAGCACAUGUUAAUCUCGUGUGAAUUGGGCCAAAUUACGUCCAUUUAAGGUCUACAAUUCACCUGAGCUCCAGUUAAAUUCCUGUUCGGUGUUUUUCCAGUGAAAAACAACCUAACCGUGGGAUAACAUUAGUGAAUUUAUUAAAAUUUUUGUCUAAUAUACAUGGCAGCUGGGUGCGCUUGUGUGUUGACUUUCACUCGGCUCCCCUUCUCGUUACGCAUUCUUCACUUCUUUCUUAAAAUAUAAACCAAGGCGGCUGGUCGUACAUUAUCACACAUGCUAUAUAACUGAAUUAGACCCACACAAAGGGUCUUUGCAAUAGUUGGAGAUAAGCUAUGUUCCACUAAGUGUAUUCAUUUAAAAGGUGCUAGUGAGUUGCAGGUGAACGAUUUCUUUCGUCUUGCUGGCUUCGAACGCUUCGCUCGUAAGGCUCGAGAAUUUGAGACUGUCUCCAGGCACUUGAUAUAGCCAUAAAUUUAUGUUUAAAUUGCGACAUUUUUGUGCACUUUACAAAAAAUAAACAAUUUAUGGAAAGACAAUGUCGCUCUUUUGAAGCCGUUUACAUAGUGUGGGAGAGAAGCCGUAUUAUUCGGAGUUUCCCUUGCAGCACGUGCCCGAUGGAUUGUUAUUGCUUGUGUAGUACAGUGGUGUAAGAGCGUGCGUUAAACGGAAACCCAUUUAGGAAAGAAACAGAAAAUAAUUUAGGAAAGAAACAGAAAAUAAUGAAAUUGACAAUAAAGAAGCUCAUGUUUGUUAAACUGUAAUGUAGCGUGGUGCGCACGAUUGGAAAGAAGAUUACUUGAACCUCAACGUGUAAUCGUAUUAUAGUAAUCUACUGUUGAUCUGCGCGAAUGCUACUUAAUUUACAGCACACGUACGUACUGUUGCUUCGUGAACGUAAUUGGAAACAUUAUUUGCCCAAAUUUAACAUUUAUUUUUAUAGCUUUUUUCUAUUUAUUUUGUUUCGUGGGAAUUUAUUAUUAGUUUAUGCUGAUAACGUGAAUGAUCGAAAAUGAGCGUGUUGGACCGUGAGGGAACAUCUAAGUUAACCCAUUUCCACGAACGUGAAGCUUUGUUGACAAAGAGUCUGAACUUUCCAUGAAUUUGGUUCCUGUUACGUUCAUUCAUGUCAUUCUGUCUCGUACCUCGACUCAAUCGAUCCAGUUUUUGUGGUACUCCCAGUUAUUUUCUUUCUUUUGAGUUUUGUUUCACAAGAGAGGAAGGCUUACGUUUAGUGACAGGAGUAAAAAGGGGGCUUUCAGUAGUUGCUAUGUCUCACAAAGAAAGAUAUGCCUGGUCCAAAUUUGUGUUGUCGGAAGUCAACGAAGGUUUAAUAUUCUACAUCCGGUAUGAUGCACCAAACAUCUCUUAGUUUCAUUUCGCUUGUGUGCGCGAUAAAACUCGCCGUUGUUGCGAACUGUUUUCAUUCUUCUUUCUCUUCGUGAAAAUUUCAUCAAGGAGACAAUAGAAUUUGAGACACAAACCAAGUCAGUGUUUUAAAAUCCACAAUGUGCGUGCUUUACAUAUGGGUUACAACCGUCGAUCAUUUAAGCCUGAAACUUCAGACGUUUAUGAAACCACUAAUUGCAAUGUACACCAAUAGCGAUCUUAAGUGCUCAUGUUACCCGAGAGUUCAAUGCGACAAAGUGGUGUUUUGUACUCAGAUCUGGACCUUUUAACAAUGACAUAUACUGAAGUGCUUAUUCCGUCGAGCGACUGCACAUAGAAGGGUUUUCUUUUUCUCUCUUUUUUCUUAGGCUUCUGACAGAAACACUCUGAGCGAUGCACCUGCGUUCACUGGUUUGUGGGUUUACCCCCCAAGGGAUGCCUUUAUGGCAAAUCUCCUUGUGAAUCUUUUGACUUAGUAACAGCAUAUUCUUAAACAGGUAGGUUUAAAAUGCACCAUAGUCAGACCAGCUGACGUUUCAAUGCGGAGUUCAAUUAAUACUCUGCCUUUCUACUCUUUUCGCGCUGCUAACAAUGCGUUUCUUCUUUUGUUUAUGGUUUUGUUACAACCAGUAUUCCAUGAAAAGUCAAAAACGUCAACGUAAUGUCUUCUCAUAGUAAUUUUUAAUUUUUUUUUUUUGGACAAAAUGUAAGGUAUUCUGUGAUAAAGGUAACAAAAUAUAUGUAAAAAAACACAAAACAUUAAUGCUAGCAUGAAAGCGUGACAUUUUGGUCAUAGUUACAGACUGUUUACUGUAUUUCUAUUGUAAUGUAAACUUCCUUGUAAUUUAUAUUUGCGGACGGACUGACGUCGAGGUCAAGUUAUAUUUCAAUGCCUUGUAUUUCUUGUCAAGGUGCACUUAGGCCUUCCGGAACAUUUUCCUAAUUUUUAUCUUCACAUGUGCAAACUGAAUCAUCGAUCAUUCAGAUUGUGGUCAAGGAACGGGCGCGGUGUAGUCAGUAGCAUUGCGUGCACUUUUUAAUACCACAGAAGUUAAUUGUUUAUUUUGUUAAGUAAAAUUCUUCACAGGCUCAUGGCUUAUCGGGUUGAGGAACUCACCUCGUUUAUUGUUGUUUUAACCUUACGAAAGGUUUUAGGUCCGAGUAUUAAGCGAUUAGGAGAAUUGGUACUUCCCUCAAGGCAUGAUGAACAUGCAACAUCUCUUUUCAUUAUCAAUGCGUAAUUCAAAAAAGAUCAGACGGUCGAGAAAAGACAAACUCAUCAGAAAGUUCUGUCUUGAUAUAACACCACAUUCUCUUUACUAAUUUGCAAGGACAUGUAUCGCAGCUCCAAUGUCUUGUUAUCUUGCUGUUACAGUUCGCUUCUACUUAUUGGAACCUCGAGGUGAUUGAUAGUAGGCCAAGGAACUUGCGGACUUUAUUGUCCAGUUUUGUCUUAGGAUGUUCAGAGAAAUUGAGUUAUAUAGAGCAACGUUACUUUUCUUUUCAUGGAUGCUAGAAAACCUCUAUAUGGGGUUGCAGAUGUUGUAUUUUUAACAAUGUUGCAUUUGUAACAAUGAAGCGGGUUUAAUGUGUUUCUAGAGCGCCCCACAGAAUGUACAGCGCAGAUCUUUCCGUGAAAUGACAAAUUUACAGCUUCAGACGUUAAAAAUAGGUGGUCUACUACGGCGUCAAACACUACAAAAUGAACCAUAAACUGGAAGUCCGAGUUACAGGGAUUUGUAUUAGACUUGAACUGACUGAACCAAGAAAAUCGCCAAUUUAAACCUUCAUCUCAACGUUUUACGUUUUAGAACAGCCAUCAACACAGUUCAGUUUAGGGGUCAUCUCAAAUGAUACGUUACCCUAAUUGUCAAAAGUAUGGAAGAUGUUAACAUCAUCUCGUUGGAAAUUCAGCUGCUUUCUCUUCGUCCCACGCUCUUGACAAAGCGAAUUAUAACUUUCUUCGUGUCAUAACUUGUUCUAGUAUAGAAUUAUCUUUUUGCUAAAUAGGAACCUUUUACCAACGAAGUUUUUUUGUGUCGUUUUUUGUUAUUAAAGAGUGAGAGAAAUUUUGCAGCUGAAGAUGAGAUCGGCAGAAUCUGAUUAUAUUUAUCCCUGAUCCGGGUCUGAAGUAUACUCUUUUUGUGAAAACUAUUUCGAUUGAUUCUUUAGCUCGAAUCUCUUCGUGUGGCAUGCUAGAUGGCCUUGAUAACCUGUUCAUUAUCAGGAGUUACAGCUUGCAGGAUUACGAUUUAGACUUGUUUAUAAGAGUAAACAGAUAUCCAAAGUAUGUUGACAGAACCGCAUAAGCAGGUCACGAAAGAGCAAGCUUGUCGAGUGCAUGAGUCGUAGGCCUCAGAUGGAAAAAAAUCUUGAAAGAAUCGCCCCAUAAAGUUUAUAGAAAAUCGUCAAAGAAGUAACAAACUCACUCCCAAACAUGAAUGGUUAGUGUGGGAGAAUAUAGCCGAAAAUUUCUGUUGACGUAACAAACUUUUAACUCACGGUAGUUCCACGCAUUUCCGCAUGUGAUAAGUGUGCCUUGUCACAGUAAAUGCAUGUUACGGAGAGCAUAAAUUUUUUGUCGUCUUCCAUCCGCUUAAUUAAUUAAUCUUCUUGAUCCGCAAAGAUUCUCGCGUCUUUUUUAGUUUUUCUUUCUACUUUGGUCUUCUUCGUCCCUUGCAAACUACUAUUUUAAAUUUCUUUUUCUUUCAACGAAAAUUUCCGUGUUGCAAAAAAGAGUCAUGUGGGCUAGUUUAAUUUUCAUAGAACACAAACCUCGUCAGUUUUUAGUCUACCCUCCUCCUCCCUCAGAGGAAAAUAAACACAGAUUACACUUUGCAAACAGUUUGAGAAUUACGUGGAACUUGAGUUGAAUAUGACGCUUUUUGGAUGGCCUCACGAGCUUCAUGAGUUCAGUUCUGAACAGUUCUGUAUGUUUUUUUCUUGUGGAUUUUCAAGCGACACCAUCACAGUGGCUGAAAUUCAUACAGCUGCAUUUUGACUCAUGCCAGAAUUCAUGCCAGAAGGUGAUACCAUGUUGUCAUUACUCUCUUGAAUAACACUGGGCAGAGAUUAUGAAAGGCGAACAUAUCAAAGUAUUUCUUUCUACUUUGGUCUUCUUCGUCCCUUGCAAACUACCAUUUUUAAAUUUCUGCAUUAAAAGAAAAUUUCCGUGUCGCAAAAAAGAGUCAUGUGGGCUAGUUUAAUUUUCAUGGAACACAAAACUCGUCAGUUUUUAGUCUACCCUCCUCCUCCUCCCUCAGAGGAAAAAUAAACACAGGUUAUACUCUGCAAACAGUUUGAGAAUUACGUGAAACUGUAGGUGAAUAAGAAGAUUUUUUUUGUGUCGCCUCAUGAGCUUCAUGAAGCCAGUUUUAAUCUGUAUGUUUUUUUCCCUGUGGAUUUUCAAGCGACACCGUCACAGUGGCUGAAAUUCAUACAGCUGCAUUUUGAUUCAUGCCAGAAUUCAUGCCAGAAGGUGAUACUAUGUUGUCAUUAGUCGCCUGAAUAACUCUGGGCAGAGAUUAUGAAAGGCGAACAUAUCAAAGUGUAAAUAUCUGCCAAAAGGAGAUUAGAGUCGGGGAUUAUCAAAUCCAUGCGACUAAAGAAAUACCAGUUUUCCUUUGUAUUUUUUUUUUGUCGUCAAGUGGGAUAGUGAGUGCUUGUCGCUGUUCUUUAGACUUUCUCAACGAGCAACGAACAAAUCGAUCACCACAGGUACUGAGAUUUAAUUUUACGUUUUUUCCCUUUUCUUUGCAGCUCAUGAAAAGACGUUGUCAGACUUUUGUUGACUGGGACGUAACGACUCGACGAUCAGUGAUUCUGUGGGAUUAAACUGUUGCUUCUUGGUUUCGAUCGUUGAUUAAUUCAUCUGACGCAGGUUUGAGUCCGUUUAUGUUUCACUAAAGAUAAUUUAUUCACCACAAAAGGCGUAAGUCCAACAGACGUAGUCGGUUUAUGAACGUUUUCUUUCCCAAGUUUCGUCCAGUACCAUUUCUUGGCCGACCAUACGGCACACAGAGGUGAUUAAGAUGCAAUUUCUCUAUACAAUUUCAAUACAUUAUUUUACUCAGCGAGCAGGUUAAGAUUGAGAAAUAGAGAAACUUCAUGGUUGGAAUGUGAUACCUUGAUAUACACCAAAUUCUCUUAACUUAUUCGUAAGGAAAUAUAGAGUAGCUAGUAGAGAGAAUUCCUUCGUAGAUCUUGGGAUUUAAAGGGUGAUGCGCGCACAUUACAAACGCAGGAAACUUAGUAUUCCUUUUUUUUUUUUUCUUUUUUGUCCAUAGUAGUAGCAAUUGUCAAUUCAACUGUUGUUAGUAAACUACUGUAGUUUAACGGGAUGGCCCAGUUUGCGUCUAGAUGUUGGGUUCAUAUUUCUAUAAUCGUAGAGAAACAAACAACUGAAUUAUUAUGUUAUCCUAAUUGGUAUGUGCGGGCCACACAUCCAUCUUUACCACAUGAUACAACUUUAACAAGGUUUUCAAAUGAUUGUCGGAAGUAAUCUGGGAUUAGGUUAGUUUUCUUUUACCACGCUCUGUGAUUGGUCCAGAAAUCUCGUGCCACCAUCUUAACCAAUCAGAUGCAAAGCUAAAAACAAUCGCGGCUUGGUCGCUCACGUUUUCCCGCGCUUCGGGCGAUUGAUAUGUUAUCACAUUUAGUUUUCUGUGGUGAAAUUUUCCUUUUAUCUGAUUGGUCGUUACGAUGUUCGCUGCUGGGUUUACGACGCUCAUUCGAGAAGCGUCGGAUUUAGAUCAACCGUGAACUUCGCUAAACAGAGUUGCUUGAUGACUCUAUGACAAGAACGGUUCGGUCGUGAUGUAUAUCGCUUGGAGCGCUUUUUUUUCGGCACUCACCUUUUCCCUUGCUUUAAGAUGGAUCAGCUCUUUUUUAAUCGGAUUUAAUGGAUCACUCGAUUUACCACGCAGAGCAAAAAUGCUGGUACCAAGGGCUUGUUUUGAAAAUCCUUCUAGUGCCUUGAUAGCGCCGCAAAAUAAGGUUCAAUCAUGGGAAGCCAAUUCCGCAUACCCGCUAGUUAGGAGAAAACAUGCUCUCUAUGUGGCGGAAUCAGCCAGUCGUCUGAGAGAAUUAUUUCCUCCCAACGUCACUGACGAAUGGUGCGUUGUUGGCGCCACGAAGUUGAACAUAGUUGAAUAAUAAACCAAUAAACAAACAAAUAAGCUGACUGUAGAUACGAGAAGAUAGAAAAUUACCCAACGUUUUCUCUCCUGAGAUCUAAGUAACAGUUAUUUGCAAUUUCAUCAAGACCUUUCUUUUGAGUUUAGCGCUGAGAAUUAGAUGCUAAAUUUGCAACUUGCGCGGGGUGUGACUUCGCCGAUUAAGGGCAAGUUGGACGAACCACCCUCCCAUAAUAUGCACUAUAAUUUCAGUAACCACCACAUUUAGGAUUCCUGACGAAUGCCAGCGAAGGAGAGUAAGAAAACAUCGUUCUACUUUGCGUGGCUGGCUUUUUUGUGUGCUUUUUGUAGUGUCAAGAAACGUAGCCGCGAAAACGAGCGAUGAUGCUACGAAAGGCUUUGGACGGACGAGUGGCUUCGCCUUUCAUCUGUUCAAAGCUCACGCAAAUCCGCCUGUUAGGCCGCAGGCUAAAAUCCCUUGGUCUGGAAAUACGAUGGCUCCUUACCGUAACAUGCCAACGAGUUCUUGUAACAAGUGUCAGUGCUGUUACAUUUAAUCCAGGGCACAUGAAAAGUGAUAUUCGAUAUGUUUCCUGGGUCACUAACAACGUUCAUGAAUAAUUUACGGAUGUCAUGACAUACAAGUUGUCUCCAGCAGUUGUCGGUCUUGUUACUGCCGCACAGAUGGGGACUACAUGGAUUGUAAAAUUAAUUUAGCAUGAUCAGGCUGCUGUAUUCGGGUGAGCAAGUACAAAGAAUAAAACAAUGUUUCUCCCGUGAGAAGCUCUAUUAGCUUUCCCACAAGAUGUUCUUGUGUGCUGGCUUAUUUUUUUCUAGAUUGGCAAAAUGAGACAAAGUAUGCGACCGAUAUCAAAUGUUUAUUUCGACGUAAGCGAACAUUGAAAACUUCUCAUUUCAUAGGAUAUACAUGAUAAUACUUCUAAGUGAGGUUACCCCAGGUUCAUUGUCAAACAGCUCCAUAUAUUUCUCUGAAAUAAUGCAUUGACAUGGAUGAGGAGUAACACUGCUGUCCGCCGGAGAACAGAUACAGGUGAUGCAUGGUUCUCGGAGAACUCAGCCUGGGCCCUCUGAUUCAGGCCAACUUUCUCAUUUUUUUUUUUUUUUUUUUUUUUAAUAUUUCGCCCGAGGUUUCCGGUACUUGACAUGCAUCAGAACAGGGAGUUUAACGUGAAGUAAACAGUUCCUCUGUUUUGUCUACUAGUUCUUCCAAUCCAACAGAAAUUACAAAAAAAAAAGCCCAUCUUACGAAAUGACACAGGGUAACGGUGGUGAAUAGCUCCGAUCUGGAAAAAAAUGGCUACAGGCAGAGCGAGCAAUUUAGGUUCUGCACCAAUUCUUCAAAAGGAAAUCUCCACCGGGAGUUUUCCGACAUUCUGAAGUUGACCAUUUUGGCUUUUGGAAAGUUUUUAACUGUAAACACGAAGUCUAAAGCACAACCGUGAACAAAGAAAUUAUUUUCGCCGUAAUGUUGUAUAAGAAUGUGCAAGAAAAGUUGCACUGAACGUGCCGUUUAGUUUAAGGCCAAAGGUGCUCUUUGCGCAGAAAGCUAGUCGAGUUCCAGCUUAUGUUUGUUAGUAUUUCGUUUAUGAUGACAGAGAAGACAAUGUGAAGAGACUUGAGCCAGCUCCUCUCUCAGUUGUAGUCGGUAUCCUGACGCAGGUGUUCUUAUCUUCUACCCUCAUUAAAAAUUAACAUCUUGCGUAUUGGAACAACAUUUUUUUAACUAAGUGCCAAGAAUAUCUCACACGGUUUGCAUAGACGCGUUACAAUGUAAUUACCAUCGAUUUGGUUUCGUCUCUCGAUGGAAAAUUCGCGUUUGGGACUCACUGGUAAGACUGUGAUGAAGUUCAAUGCCUCGUGCGAAUUAACUGGCUUGGUGGCAAAUAGCGACAGUUCUCUGAUUUCACUCUCUAUGGAAGGUUUUUUUUUUCGUGUCUUUGUCAGUUUCCGUUAGAACAUGGCAUUCUGCGAGAUGUGCAUGGUACUACACGCCACACUUUAAAAGAAAUCCAACUGCCUACGACACGCGUUUUUUUAGUUCACGAGUCUUCUAAAGUGUUGACGACCAGUUUGGAUGUCCCGUCAAGUUCACGUAAAACGUGUACGCUUGGUCUUUGUGUGUGCGUUUACUGACAAAUAAUGGGGAAAUUUCUUACCGUCAUUGUAACACCUUAGUGUAUUCUCCCACGCAGUGUUUAUUUUUUGGAUUCAGUCGAAGUUAUAAUGCAAUUUUAUUAUGUCUCGUAGAGGAUGUAUUUUUUGAGUUUCUUUACAACCCUUCUGUGCCCUUUUGCUUUUUUUCCCUUAACCAAUCUUACUAACUGCGUGGUGAACUCACUUAUUCAAACAAAGACGCAUUCAUGUGAGGUUAUGUCUCUUCACUUUUGCAGUUUGAGUUCAGAUCAAUCUAUUCCGUAAAGAUGCUCCUAAGAUGUUCAACCGUGAGGAGAUCAUUUGUUUUUGUUAGCAGUGUGCUGAGCUGCCUUUCUUUUUUAGCAGGUGAGUGUACUACAUAGAGACUCACAGUUAAACUUAAGAGUGUCCUCGUUCUAUUAGCGCUCAAGGGCAAAUUAUUGCGCAGUCCAUUAGCCGCUUGCAAAGUCCGUACUAUGAUUCUCAGUUCACCCUCAAGUUGCUUGAUAUGGUCGAAUCAUUGCGUGGUUUGUUAUUGUUUUCAUUCCACUUCUGCUCAAAGACAGGUUCAUUAUAUGCCGUAAACGCGCCAGGACAGGCGAACCAUGCACGUUUCCUCAAGCGUACGUCAGAUGUUCGUAUAAACGCGAGUAUAGUUUAGACAAAAAAGACGGGGAACCUGAGAUGAAGGUCAUUUUUUCCCCUGAGGAUUUAGGGAUAACUAACAUAUCACAAACAUUCUUCAUACGCGGCAGUGUAGUUCAAUAAAGGUGAUUAUAAGCCGCUUGGUAACACAUUGCAGUGUGCAGUGCAGCCGUACUCGUAAAAACUUAAACUACAUAACGUCAUAGUCACAAACUGACAUUCAAGAUUUAAACAAGCAUUCAAAAUUUCACCCUUGGUCAAGGUUAGAUCUCUUGCUGUUUUGUUUUUUUCUCAAUGACUGAAAAGGAGACACGCGCAUUUCCUCAAUUCACAAUACCCACAGUCAAGAAAAGCAAAAUAUACAAGCAGAACUUUCAUUUCUUUGCAUUUUAUCCUGUUUUUACCGCGGUUCUACGCAUUUGUGUCUUUGCUGGUAAUCUGCCUGGAGACGAAAAAAACCUCGUGGUUGGGUUGUUAUUAAAGUGUUUGAAGGAAUUUCUGGUGGUUCUAUAGACUAACAACACGUGUAUGUUUUUAGGUCUAAGUUUAAUACAAAGACUUGCUUCAGAUUGUUUUUCAAUCGUGCGGAUGUAAGAUGGUUGCGGUGUAAUACACACAUUUUAAACUUUUGAAGACUCCCUUCCGUCAGAAUUCUGACUUAAAGCUGACGAACGAUCAAAUAGUGUUUUGUUGUUUUUUUUUUGCCCCACAGCGCUGGUUCGCCAGGCAACAGUCAUGAAAACAAUGCUCUUAGAAGAUAUCAGCUGAGUACUAUCUCUGACAUUUUGAAUGAACUUAACUGUGACGUUUUAAAUGAAAAUAACUGUUGGUGAUUAUGAACUUGUAUCGAUAUUUCUCAACUCGAUUUUUUCUACUACUAGACGUGUUUCGAAUUGACAGAUUUAAUUAUCGACUUUUUGUUAAACAAAUUGGUGAAAUGUAACAAUAGUAUAUCAAUAAUUCAAUUGUUUUGCCGAUUUGGGAGAUUACAUAAGCAUGACUCAUGCAGCCUUUUCAGAAAUUGAGUUUCGCAUGACAUAACAUAAACCCACUAAAAUCAACGUCUUCAUUUUGUUGAAACCGUAUAGUUUUUGUUUUUAACUGGACGUUUUUCUUCUUACUAUCGCCGAAGUACCUGGUAACAGGUUGUAGUAAUCCACUGAUGACUGAAUCGCUAUUUUAAGACUGUUAUUGUCUUUCACCUUUUAACAAUUCACAAAACUCAAAGCUAAAAAGAAAACGAACCAGCGAAAAGUUCCAGCGAAGUUUUCCGGGCAAUAACCUAUUCUUUUAUUCCACUCGAAUGAAAUCAGCGAAUUGUUUAUUUUAAAUGGUUUCGUCUAUUGAUACUUACACUAUUAACGUUAUCAGACUGGCUGUCAUCCAAAUUUCUCUUGGGCUUUUUAAUAAGGGAAUGUAAUGGUGCUCCUCCUUUUUUCCCCCCAAGGCAAAAUCGAUACUAAACCAAUGAAUUUAUUUCGAUAGUGCAUAAACCAGAGUUUCUUUUAUUUACAUGAUUCAGUUUUCGGAUGUUUUCCUUCCAUCGACAGCGUCAAUUUACUAGCAAAUUUAAACCUAACGAGUGACGACCAAUCUCGAAGCUAGUGUUGAUGAUUCAAUUACCCCAAAGUGGGUGCCAAGCGUAGCACUGUUUUUUCUUGUUUUUGUUUUUGUUUUGUUUUUUUGCUUCCACUAAUUUUGAUCCUUCUUAUUUGUGUGUGAAACGCAGACAUGUCUUGCGCCACUUUGCUCGAAUCUUCAAGUAUGCGAAGUCUGGCGGCAUAUUUGAAGAUUCGAGUGGCUUAGGCCGUGAUUUUUUCUUGUUUUUUGUUGCUCAAGCAUGUCGGUGUGAAUCAAAAUGUAAAUGACUUCAAUUCUGAAAAGAAAGAUCUUGAGCCUCAACGAGAAAUUACUGCAUCAACAAUUAGAUUGCGACUAAUUUACCGGUAGAAAUCGCGUAGGAUUUAGUGCUACAGUCUAAACGCCGUUUAAUCUUGGGUUCAGCAGAAGAAAGAAAAUUAAUCGGCACUUGAACAAUGUGAGAAGAUUUAGAACCAGUUUAAGGCGUCCAAGGCGGGUGGAACGUAACUACUUUAUUAAUAAUGGGAGUUAAAAGAGGUGACGUUGUUUACUAUCAACAGAGUAAUUUGUGAAUAACCAUUACAAACCUUGAAAACUGAGGUGAGAGGAGACAAGGAUGAAACCUUUACGAGACUGCGCCUUAAACAGAGAAAACCGUUUUUUUACUGCUGUUGCACUCAGUGCCAAUUCGAAAAGACAAGGGCGCGCCGCGGAAGCUUUGAUGAGUAAGCACCAAUGCCAACGAGAGCAAACGAAAAUUGUCGAUAACCCCCGAGACUCUACAACAGUGCGUUUUUAUGAUGUAGUCUUAGAGGUUGCACGAUGAACUACUCCUCAUGGAACAAUAGUAAUUUGUGUAAAUGAAUGUUUCCACUUCAAAAGGUGGCUCGGACCUGGUUGAUUUAUAUAUAUAUAUAUAUUUUCAUUUCCAGGUGUAGACGGUGUACCUGAUGUUCAACACAAAGAUGUUUCCCACAAGUCCUCGACAGAUGAGGAGGUAGGUUUAUUCUUGUGUUCAAGGUAAAGUGCAGUCGCGUACUCUAGAGCCUGCGACCCCUUUGGCCAGCGCCCCCUUCCCACGGCGCAUGUGAAAAUAAUGGUGGACUCUAGGCGCGAGAAUGGAUAAAACGCUCCAAGACUCGGGGUCAAACAAGAAAGGUUUUGCCUUACAAGGAAUUUAGGAUUGGGCGAGAGUUCUGUCAGCAUUUAUCGACUAUGGUGGGAUUUACGAGCCGAAGAUUAGUUCUUACUAACGCCAAGAACUUUCAGGAGGAACUAGGACGGAAAAGAAAGCCAAAUAAUUGGUUGGAGGGUCGAUCAGGUCGUUCAGAGAGAAAAGUUUAAGAGCAAACACACUCUUUAUUUUAGCUCUCUUUUAAGUUUAAGUCCAGACUAUUUUAACUAUGGACAUCGCUUUACAAUUCUUCUUUGCCACUGUUACCCAACGGGGAAGGGGGGGGGGGGGAGAAGGGGGCUAAGAGUAGGGGGCCUCUAGCCUCUACCCUCAGACGAAGGAAGGGCUGCCGACCCCCCUAUUUUUCGGUGAUGCUCGCAGCGCAGCAUAGAAUUAAUGCAGGAAAAUGUUUGUCUCGCAAAAUCAUUUCACCUAUCGCCUUCACGGGAUCGUGUAUAGUGUUGAUUAAUUUCUUUUUGAACAACUGCUACAAAUCAAUCACAAACACACCGGGCGCAACGUUAAGACUGCAAAUUGCAAAGAGGUUUGCUUGUGCAAACGAACUGUGCAAAGGAUACUUUGGAUAAUUUGAGUAGGGUUUAUCCACUUGACUCACCGUACAGUAAGUCCCACCCCUCCCCUCCCCUGCCCUUUCCCGCACCUUCUCUGCUCUGUAUCUUUUCAUUAUUCGAACGAAAAUCAAAGGAUGACUACCAGGAUAAAAACGUCUUGAAGCCAAGCAAACUAAUAUUCAAACAUACCGCUGGUAUACUGAGCCGAGUUUAUUGAAGUUGGACGAGCUGUAAUCCUGGUUUAAUUGCUAUGGCAACACCAGGAUUUGCAUUCAGUUAUCUUGAGAUUAUAGUUAAUCGGGUUUUGAAUAAUCCGUCCUGGAUACUUUAGUCAGAGGAAUUUCAUUUCAACCAUCUCCAUGUCCACUUUGCCCCUUGCGAAGGACGGAUGUUCGAAACUGGUCAACUUUUUCCAACUUUUUUAGGCGGAUGAUUUUCUUUCGUCAUCUUCGAAAAUUGAAAAAUAUGAUAGAAGUGAAAAAUGAGUCCUCCUUUCAGACCUGACCUACUGUAUGCAUCAGUUGUACGUCGUCGCUCCAGACGUCACUACUGAACACAAUUUUUACGCUUGAUAUGUUCCACCAAUAUCAACAGAGCUUUACAAACAAACAGUCGGGCAGCGCCAUUAAAGUACUAACAAGUCGUCAUUAACAUAUUUAUAAAGUCAAUUUCGACAUCAUUGCACGGUGAACGUCAUUAGAUCGCUUGCUAGCAGUCAGAGAAGGCUUAGCAACUGAGCGAUUUCUCCAUGGCAUAGCUUUGUAGUCUAAGAACUGGACACGUUUUGUUUUCGCAUGGAAAAAGUCAAACAGCUUAGUAAUAAUCUUGAGGUCGUGGGCAGACACAGUUAAGUCUCUUCGAGUAACAGUCAUCGGAUUCAGACAAGGUAACUAAUUAAUCGAUUCUUGGUACCUUCUCGCAAAAUAUGCAAGGGAAACUGUCACAAAAGACUGCAGUGCAACCAUAAAUUUUUCUCGUUUCGGUUAUGUGAGCUCGGAUAAUGUCUGCACUCUCUAAAUGAGUAGAAUCCUAACUUAGUGAAUUGUGUCAGGUAUCGACCACCCGUAAAUCUAAUCAUCUUUACUUUAAGAUUUGUAAACGUCAUUUGCUUUAAUCUUGGGGUUUCCUGUUAUUCUGAAGUCUUUGCACUGGAUGGAAAGAGGCCUGUGCUGAUUAGAUAACACAUUCUUGGAAGCCAUGGUUAUUUCUAACACUUGAUGUUCCUUUAAUUUCCCAAGAGCCAUUACAUCUUUUAUCUAUUGGAAUGCAUACGAUGUAUGCUUACUGCAAUAUUUCACACGUCAGUAAGUUUCUCUGUAGUUUUCUUCGAGACAACUAAUUUAAACAAAUUCCUGAGACUAUUAUCGGUGAACGGUACCAUAAACCUAACCGUCUCCUAAAAAACUCUUCAUAGUUGAAAGAAGAGCCUUUUAUGCCUGAAACAUUCCUCUUAGUAAUUUAGAUUCUAAAAUUAGACUUUUAUUGUUCGAUUAUAAUCUUCUUUGUCAAAACAAAAGAAGCUACAUUCCAUCGUUCAUCAGUAAGCGCAUCAUGUAUAUACUCUUGUACUACCAGCUAGGACCAACUUGUCAAAUUUCCAUGUAUAAUCGCUUGAAUCAAUGCAGUCAAGAAAGUCACUAAUAUCUUUUAAUUGAAUUCUACUAGCGCUGCAUUUAAUUUUCCUUUUCGAAAUGGUUGCUUUUCCUGUGAAAACAUAUUGUAGACACCGAUUGAACUUAAAUUAGAAUUGUAUUAUGAUAUUGUGAAACGUUGACUGUCUCUUCGUGUUUGCGUUCUUGUAAGAAGUAGAAAGUCGUGGGCGCAAUACCUCGUCAACAGAUGUUUUUGGACGCGAACGAGGGAGUUGGGUCGAAUACACGAAAUUAAGGUUUUCAAGUAAAAUUUGGCGAAAGUAAUAUUAAAAGACCAAUUUGCCUUUCUUAAAGGUUUUUUUUUCUGCGCAAAAUCCAUUUCUGUGAGGGAGUCAUUAAAGGAAAGAAACGAGAAACAGAAUAAGUCAAAUCGCGAGGAAAUCUUUGCUUUCCUGUCACAACCAUUUUCCAGCGAAGUGUUCUGCAAGCCUCGAUUUCAUUCACUCGACCCAGUUCACGUUGAAACGUUUUCAACAGGGUUUAUUAGGUGUAAAACUACACACACGUUGCAAGGAUGACUUGGUCAGCAGCAUUUUCCCGUGCAUUAGUCUCGAUGAAUUUUCCCGCCAUAAAUCUCGAUGUAUUUUUUUGGUCACUCUAUGGAUCGUUGAUAUACAUAGGUAACUUGUUGUGACUGGCCGUCAUGGUUUACCCUGCUGAUUGCUAUGUCUGCUUGUGGAUUUCUUUUAGGACAAAUGAACCAAAACAACGCACGAAAACGCGGGAGAACUCGUAUAAUCGAGUAUUAUCAAUGAUGGCUUUAAAUUAGGUAUAGCUUGUUGAAACGAGGUUAAGAGAUUUUGCACUGUUAACAGAGGCAAGCAAAUGGAAAUCGAAGAGUUUUGAAGUUUCCUCUUUUUUUUUUCACACUUUUUGAAUACUCUUGUCAGCUCGGCCAGUUGAGGUUUUUAAACAAACCAGCCAAUCUCUCAAGUAAUUCAAGUUGUGAUCCUUGAAAUGCUUAAAAUCGCAGUCAAAUUCAAUUCAUUUCAAAUGUGAGGGAAGGAGCGCGCAAAAUUAAAUGGCCUUCUGUUAUACAGUAUUACAACAAACGCACCUUCCUAACAAGAGCGCUGUCGGGUACCUUGCCUCGUGAACUGACUGUGUAAACACUUUACAGGAACAAAAGAAACGUGGAUCAAAAGGAUAAGAUUGUCAUUAUCACGUUUAGCCAAGAGUCAGGAAAUGGAACACCCUAAGAUAACCCCUAGUUACCCCUUUCCUGUACCCCCUAGGAAACAUGUGUAGCUAUGAAGAUACUUCUCUUAAGUUAUUACUUAAUAACAAGUGGAAUAGUCUGGAGUUUGUGCUCAUGUAUAGCCAUUUUGGAAAAAAAAUUGACGAGCAUGGCUCUAUUUCACACGGCAUUUUACCUUGGAAGCGUAUGUAGUUGUCCCAUGCUAAUCUGGCGGCGUUUUAAAAAAUUUCUAUAUCUAGACCCGCAUCCAAACACAGGACUCAACCAAAACACUCAACUCACCACUGAAUUUGCUGCAGCUCAGCGAUAGAGUAUCCGAGCGCGAAUCUUAAGGAAAAGAGUUUGAUUCCAUGUAGAGGACUCGUUCAUGGCCAAACAUUAACAUCUUUUUGUAUUUGGCUGAUAAAACUCAAGUAAUUGCUGAUUGUAAUUUGUUCUACAAGCGGUGUAUCGAGACGCUGUCUCAGAUGGAGGUUAAUUGCCCUUGCUUUAAAGUGUCAUUUAGCGCUCUGAGCAGAGCUGAGUCACAGAUUCACUCAUCUAAUACUGCCACACCCACGGUUCAUAUAGCUUAACCUCGUCAUUUACGAGCCGUUUUUGAAUUGUGGUCCAAAAAGUCAAAACAAAACCAGCCACACCUGGCCUUACGACUAUGCGGUGUUUAUAAGUUACGUUCAGCUCGGUGUACAUGUUGUAUCGGAAUUCCUUUGUUUUUCGACGUCGCGGCAGAUGGCUUUGUUUGCGACAAACAUUUGGUCAUUUUGACGUGCUCUAAGUGGUCUACUAACCGUUUAAAGGACUAAAGCAUUAAUGCUUCUGAUGUCAUGUUUGUGACUUUUGCGCUUUGAUUUGUUUUCACAAUAUUUGCCUUGAGGUGCAAUUCGAUCAAAGUGGCAAUGUGCUUUUGCACGCCUCAGUAGGUUUGAAAAGUUAGUUUUUUUUAUGGUUUAACCUUCUCCGAGACAAUUUCUGUGUAACACAAUCGGGAUUAAAAACAUUCCUUUAGAAGUGAUCUCAAUGAGAAAGCUCUGAAUUCCUUUUCCAGCAGUUGGUCGUAGCCAAGUAACCUGUACUCUUAAAUUUCUAUAGAAACUGCGCUGCGGCGAUGACGAUACAAACAGACGCCGUUCAGGAUGUAACCACUCGAAUCGGUUUCAACUGAAACAAGUCAAACCAAAGGCUUACCAAACAGCUUAACGCACCACGCAAUGGUUCUGUAAUUGUCAGCUGUACAACAGUAUUGUAAAGACUCUCCUUCCACAGGUGUUCGUGUAGCUAACUUUGCAUAACAAGCACACCCUACUUGAUGGCACGCUUAGAUCCUUUGUUCUAGAACAGCUGUGGCACGUGGUCGCAAGGCGGUCGAAUUCCGCCGCUGUUUUGUUUGACUUUGUUAACGAGCUCGUGUCGUUUUACAUAUAUUUGCCCCCGAAAAUCCCAAAGAGGAUCGAAUGUUCUUGCUCUGAUUAUCAAAGAUAACGUUUUCUCACUUACUGCAUCUAAACAGAUUUGUUGGUGACGAAGCGAAUAUAUUGUCGCGGAGAAGUAUGUAACAUACACGUGCCGUCCCUAUUAUAUUUUAAGCGUCCUUACGCAACCAAUUGAUCCGUUUGAUAAGUGAGAAUUUUGUUUUCCUCUGAAAUAUUUUUCUCUAUCUCAAACAUUUUAGCCGCUUUUUGUAAGUGUUUUGACUUUUCUUUAAUACUUUAUAUACCUUACUGGCGUCUGACCUGUCGAACACCGAGGCGCGAGAUAACUUUGCGUGUCUUGAGGCAUAUUGGCUAUUCAUACAACCAUUGUUUUAAAAGCCAUGUGUGCGCUUUUGUUUGGACUAAUACAAGAACUAAUGGAAAAAGUAUUAGUAUUGAUGGCGUCUUUUAAUAUGCAAAUUCAAACAACUUUUAAUGAACUCGAAAUGUUAAUUUCUUCACUCAAUACCACGCUACUUGAGAAGUGAUUUUGUUUCGUAGCUCGUUAUUGCAAAAUCGACCCAAGAUAUUUGCUUUUGUUGUCAUGGGAAAAUAUCGUUUCGUAAGACAACUCACGAGUUUCUCUUUUGAAAUUUCCAAUAAAAUUGCAUCUUAAAUGCCUCGGAUGUUAAUGUUAUCGCUGCGCCGUUAAGACGCGCCAGUCCUAUCUAUUUCGCACGCGUUCUUUAAAGCACUUGCUCUUGAUCUUUAUACAAAGGACACCGGAAAGUUGUCUCCGUUAGUUUUGUUUCAGGUCAUAUCUGAUGGAUAUAAUGAAAACAGUUUCCGUGCUCUCGUUACGCAUUAGUUGAAUGCCUCCGGCGAUAUUAGAAGCUAAAUACGAUAUAUUUUUUCCCAAAGCAAUUAAUUCAACACAUCUCUCUUUUUUGUCACGGUGUUACGCACGAGCCAAGGCAACCAUUUCCGCCUUUUCACAUUGAGUAAGGGCGAAGGUGCCAGGCCGGCGAACGUGAUCAAGGUGACAAACUGAAGUCCAAAAGCAUAAUCUUAUGAAGAGGGCCGCUAGUUAAGGAUAUUAAAUUUUUUUUCCUAACUGAUAUAGGAUCAGGUAAAUUCAUGGAUCGGAAAAAGGGGUUUUCAGUGGUAAUUUCAAUGCUCUCGUACACGUCGAUAACUGGAUUUCUGAAAAGUUCGCACCACACACUUAAUCGAAGAGGAAAGUGUCUUCAGCUUCGUUUGAUACCUCUUUAGUUUCUCCAGGAUGAUUCACGUUGCUGCCAUGCCAUAGGUCAUCACAAAUUAAAUUGUCUUGAACUAGAGUUAAUCUCAAUGUUUUUCGUCACUCCUGUCGCUUAUCAGACAAUUGAUCAACUCUGCAGCUUUUCUGUGGCUAGAUGUGAUAAUUAUUGGCCAAACCGCAGAAAAAUUUUAUCACGUUGCCUCUCCAUAAGUCGGUAUUUGUACUUGUAAUUAACUUUGCACGUACUUGAGGCCAGAGCGAACCACAAAUUGUCGCUGUAUCGUGCGUCAAUGUUUGUAGACCUUUUUGAGGAAGAAACUUCUCACGUAACAACUCCGCACUGUCACAGCGCCAAACCGAGCCAAUUCUCCUCAUUUCGAAGCUUUCCCGUGCUAAGAAAUAAUCACCAACUGUUCGACGUGACGAGAAUACGACUUAAAAACCUUCCUGACGUUCCUCUGUGCUGGUUUCCAGGCGUCAGUGCUGAACCAAGAGCAUCUCUAAAGAGGUUAUAAUUAGAAGCAAUUAAAUCCAUAUUCUCUUACUGACACGCGCCGUACUCAUUAAUCGCUAUUCAGGAUGAGGCAUCAAUUCGUGUUACGAAAUCCACUCGUUUUUUGCGCAGCACUGUCCUGUCACCGAGUGACAGAGUUCUGGUGUGGUUGUUAUCUAAAAGAGGCUCUUGGACUGUAUAUCUGGCAUCUAACGUGCUUUAUCCCUAUUGAUGCUCUUGUAAAUCGGACAGGUUGUGACCAAUUCUUCUCUGUAGGUGGUCUCAGGGGUUAAAAGUCCCAAAAACUGAGAGCAAAGUCUGUGCUUUUAUUUUCUUUGUGAUUAUGCACUGAUCAGCUUGCCUUGUUGAACCCAGGUGCAGCAUUGUGUGUUGUCCGCAAGGGACUUUGCUUGGCGUCUAUCACCCAUAAAACAAGCGAGACGCGUCCCUAUUCUUCUCCAGUCUUUGGUGGCACGCGCCGUAUGUAUUGUGUACUCAGUGUUUCCUAUUACCAUUUGUUAAAUGCAAACCACACUAUUUAGUUUAGCCUUUUCCUGUAAACAUUUAAAAUCCUUUUCGCGGCAUUCUAAUAUGCCGCUUUUUGCUUUAAUGUAAAAGCAUAAUAAAAUCUCAGACAAUGAUUAUUUUCGGCGCAGAUAUUACGGAAUUGUCUGAUUUCUGCAGGUGAAUUUAUAGAUAUUCAAAUCCUGUGCGGCCUUUUGCCUUUUUGCCUUCUCUGCGCCGUGAUCGUAAAUAGCUUUAAUAGUUUCGUUUAUUAAAUGUGUUUGAGGUAAAAAUCUUCUCCGGCUUUGGCGUAGUGAAUUUUCCGCUAACAUGGAUUAUCCCUAAGCUUGAUGUGCAGAUGAAUUAACGCGAUAAAAUUAAAGAUAUUUCCGAGCCUGCUGUAAGGGAGUUAGCGAAGACCAACUGGAAGAAACGUGAUAUGCCUUAUCAAGGUCAUUUCAAGAGUGGUGUUAAAAGAUUCCAAGGAGUUAGGAAUAAAUUUCUUGUGGAAAAUGUUUACAGUUCUCUUCUGUUUAGCCAAUCCACGCCAAUUUUAGAGGACAUAAGUGUACCCGUGGGUAUCAUGUUGCGUCACUAAUUAAUCUACGCAUGCUCAUUAACAUUACCGCGCCUUCAACAACACCACAUCUGUUUUCACAUCACACAGAAUCUUAUGAUUUGCAAGUGAGCUGAGCUCGCAUCGCAUCGACAGGGCGGCCUUUCAUGUCGCACGCAGAAGAACACCAAAUUUCGGCCGCAAUUCCCAAGGCUACACUAAAUUCUACAUAGUGAUUUAAGCGAUGGCCGUCGGCCUGCUUCUUAAAAGUGUAUUUUUCGAACUGCUACUUCAAUUCAUUCAUGUGCAGGUAGACCUUGUGCUAGCUAAGUGGUGAAUUCUCGUGUUUUGGUCAGGUGUAAUGCUCACGUCUGGAAAAUUUUUUGCGAGUCUGACUUAUAAACGAAUUUUUACUCGUGUUCCUUUUUCGCAGAUUGUCACCGGAGCGGGCACAUUCGAAAUCCACUUGGUUUCGAUACAAAAUAUUAGAGGUGAGAAAUACGAUGGUAGCUGCUGUGAUGGGAGUCGCACAAUAUAUCGAGGACAACAUCAAUGCCUGGACGAGUGCGACACAUUCUUCAGAGUUUGUCUCAAGCAAUACUCGCAAUCUGUUUCGCCAACGGGUGCUUGUACAUUUGGCGAGCACACAACUGCUGUAUUAGGAGGGAGUUCGAUCACAUUUACGAACACUACAUCGCCGAGUGGUUUUCGCAACCCGAUUUCUUUACGCUUCGAGUUUUCAUGGCUGGUAAGUCAUUGUAAAUCCUGUUCAAUGUUAUCUUAGAAUACCAUGGGUUUUGGUGUCACUUUGUUUGACGAUUUCCGUUAUUUUUUUUAAAUCUGAAGAAAAUUCAGCGUAAUAAUGUGGAUUAAAUUUAUGCGACGUUCACGCAGAUGGGAUAUGUUUUUCAAUAAUAAAAAUUUAAUGUAACCGCGUCUAACAGCCGCUUUUAGCCAAAAAAGAGAGAGUGUUGUAAGGAAAUUAUUUGGAAAUUUUUUUUAAAGAGAUUUUUAUUGGAGCUGUAUUAAUCGUAAAUGCGACCGCUGGGAGCACGCUCCCACGAACAAUCAUUUCACUUGGAAGUUUGCAUUUCAAAAAAUCAAUUCUCUCAUUGGCUCUCGGAAGCCUCUCAGAGAAGCACGUUCAUUUUACAGAAUCGACAACUUCGUCUCAGCGAAAAAUCGAAGAAAUAAAUACAGCUGCAAUUAUUUAAACAGGCCGCGCUGGUCAAAACCUGUUUCAGACUUAUUUUCUCUGAGAGCAUCGCAUUAGAGAUUUUGAAGGUUGUUUAUCCUAGAUUGUAGCGUAGUUUCUGGGCCACGUGUCUUCAGUUUGACAGCCUUUUGUGAGAAUUAUGUUAAUUAUGGGAGUUACGUUGUAUUUGCAACACAAUGAUAGCUACUGACUGGAAAAAUCAAAGAAUCAGCGUCGAAGCCGCAUGGCCGAGGCGCGAAUUAUUCGUUGAGUGUUUAGCUUCACCUGCAAUAGAAACGAAGUGUUGUGGGCUUCCGACUUGUCAAUUUCAUAGAUGUAUAUUUCAAGAUAUUAACGCAUGCGAAAUUGUUUAUUUUCAACUUUCCCACGUUCACCGGGCCCUAAAUAAAUAAUUCUUGAUUCGUUACUUCGUACCUACUGGAAGUAUUACAAUGCAAUUAAACUUUCAAUUGAUAGCAUGCUCUAGAGAAAUGACUGGUUGCCAAUGGAGUUGAUCUUUAUUCUGUCUCCUUCAGCAUUGUUUGAUUUCGAUUCGUGGGUUUCAUGAUCGACGCAAGAGCCUUUUAUUAACUCGGGUAGAUCGCGGUGGUUUGUUGAUUUCAUUAAACCAUUUUUUCAUCUUUUCUCUUCAUUGAAUAGAAGUGACACAUGUGCCGAAUUAUGUUUUAGAAGAAUACAAUUCCCAGUUGACGGACUUGAUGAAAAUAUAUUUACUUCAUUUCUCGUUGCGCGGGAGCGCUUUAGAUUACCUUUUACAAGGAAUUCCUAAGGGCUUUUGAUUUUACAAAAUUUGCUAGUUUGCUGUGACUGUGAAAAUUGUUUGGGUCAUCUAGUGUUUUUUUAUUAGUUUUCUUUAUAUUAUCUGCAUGGUGUCCGAUUGUGAUCAAAGAAUACAUAUCAAAUUCCACUCAAAAUAGAUUAAUCCUUUACUUAUGAGACCUUGUGUUCUUUGUGGUUUUUGUCCACUGCCUGUGGCAUCUUAAUGCUUGUGAUUAUAUGGUAUCCAUGAGGUCAGAGCAUUGGAGAAAAAAGUUAUCUUUUACAGUGGUACAUGUCAAAAUAAUCUAAAAUUUUGUCCAUGGAAUGUUUUGUAAUUUCCCUUCAGCUUUAUGUAAAGCAUCAGAAAUUGCUGUGAGAUGUUUGGAAUUUUGCUGUCUGCUCUUUGAAUUUUGAAUUAAUUUCAGUUUUAUUUGCUUUACUGUUUAGCAUAUGACUAUUUGCUACAACUAAAAGCUUAGAUAGGUUUUUCCAGAACCUGUAACUUUACAUCAUUUCAUUACAAAGCUUGCAAAGUGAGUUUUAUAUAAUUUCAGAUAUUUGCUGUGUCUUUUUAAGGGGACUUAAUAAAGAGUUAUACCUUAAAAUUUAUGUGCCACUAAUUAAUUGUUUUGAGUCAGUCAAAAACAUCCUUAGCUUAUUCCUGAUAACACGUAAGAAGUCAAAUCAUUAGUCUGCCUUAAAAGCCAAAAAUGUUAAGUCCAAUAUAAUUUUAUUGUUUCUUAAAGAUGUGUGUAAAUUUUCUUUUUUUGAUCUUUGUGCUAUCAACAAUGUUGGAAAUAUAGAUGUGUUAGAUUGAAACACAAGACUUAAUGUGAAGCAUGAAUUGCAAAUAAGCCAAAAUACAUUAUGGUUUCCUCCUUUUACCAGACUGAGAUAAAAUUUUGCAGUGCCUAAUAACUAUUUCCCAAACAAUUCUUUGCCCGACACAGGUUUUUUCAUUAUCGUUCUCAGUCUCUUAAAAUAGGUUUAUAGAAUAGAAAAAACGGAUCAGUCUUAUUGAUUCUGCAAGUUUUGUGUUAGUUUUAUUGAAAGAAUAGUUUCUCUCUUCUUAGGUAAACAAUUUGGGAAGAAACAGAAUCAAUCAUAUUUCUUAUUUGCACUGUAGAAAUUUAUUCAGCUGUCAAAAGUAGCUUGGUCCAUUUGUAACAAAAGAGGACUUGUGUUUGGAAGUACAUGUCAGUGUUGUAUUACCAGUACUUCUACAAGGCAUGCUCUUUAUUGGAACAUGGCUGCUAGCAGUGUGAACCUGAUGAUCUUAAGCCUGUGUUCGUUUCAGAUGCAUAAGAAAUGAGAGAAGAUUGCAAAUUAACUUUCGAACUUAACCCCCCUUUGUAAACAUUUUUAGUAAGAUCCAUGGGUUGCUUUUGUGACCAUAAAUUCUCAUGUAAGCAAUGUUUGAAUUUACAGGUGCUAUUUUCUCCCCAUUUUUUCCAAAUUUAAUUAAGACCAUAGCAGGAAUAGUAUCAUAUUAUGAUCUUUCCUAUGCUUACUUUGGAGGAAAUUUGUCUUGUGUAACAGUUUAGCUUGAAACUAGUUCAUUGAUGGAUCCAGUCAGAGUUUCAAAAAUUUUCUUGGAACUUCUCACUAGGCUAGUGUUUCAAAGGUUUUAAUCAUUUAUUAUGAAACUCUUGCUGGAAGCUAGCAUUCCCUUAGAAUUCCUAGCCAAAUUUCUAAAAUGUGUGCAUAUAACUUUGCGUUCUUUGUUUUGGUAUGGAGCUUUGCUCUUGAAUAUCUUCAUUUUGAAAUUGAAUGAAGUGAGUUUUGGAAUUGUAGAAUCGCUCUGUCACAAAAAAAAAUAAAAUAAAUACUCUAUUUAAUGAUGAACUUUUUCACCAAAAAAAGCUUGUUAUAGAAAAUAUUGUGAUUUAUAACUGUUUCUCUUAUCAAGGAAUCUCUGAAUUCAUAUUUGCCAUAGUAUUUCUUGUGUUGCAUUUGAGUCUCAGUCAUCUUUCUAAAAAUCUUUUAACUUCAAAUCUUUUGUUUGUGAUAAUAAGUUGAAUAAUAAAUGACACAUUAGUAAAUACUAAAUUUUUAAUCAACAGAGUAGUAUAAAAAUUGUUACAACUCACAGAAUCUGUGACAUCUUUUUUUUUCAUGGAGGGGAUUCAAAAGAGUGGAAUUUUUAAAUAAAGCAAAAAAAAAAUAGAAUUUGUAUGGAGCAAUGUUAGGUUGAGAGUAAACAACUUUAGCUAAAUUUUACAUACACGUAUUAAAUGUUAUUGUCAUCAAGGGUUUUAAACUUGACUUUUUAGCCAAGUUCAUAACUCUCAUAUUUUAAGUUAUCAGGAAAUCUAUGUGCAACUCAUUUGUUUGUGUUUAUUUGUAAGAACCACAACCUAAGGUGAACAUGUUUUUUCACAUGUUUUAUAUGAUGGCCUCUGCUCUAUAUAUUUUAUUGAAAAAUUCCUUUUUUCAUAACACUUUUUUGUCUUUAAUGUCCAUUAUGCUCUGAAUGUAUGACAGUGUUUGUGCUAACAAAGCUGGGAAAAUGCUGAUUGAAAGGUUGCCUAAUAUUUUCAAAGCAGCUGUUGGAAGGAAUUUCAAAUAUUUUGAAAUGAGUUUCUGAAAAUCCUCUGAUUUAUCUCUUAUAUGAAAAAGAAAAAUUUCAAGUUUUAUUAUGAAUUUGUAAUCAUUGUUCCUUUCACAUCUUUUUUUAUGCCAAGAGCAUUGAGUUUCUUGAUUAUCUGUAAUUUUUCCUCAUAAUGUGAGUCACGUUUUAAUUUCUGAAUGCUUAGUGCUGGGAAACAGCAUCUAUUGUGCUUGAUUUAUUGUCAUCACCUAACAGAAAACUUAUGUGUGUCAUGCAAGUGCUAAACUGGUCAUAUGCUGUUUUCUCUCAUUUCAGACCACAUACUACCUAAUUCUGGAAGCAUGGGAUGCAGAUAACUCAAGUAAGGUUCAUCUCUACCUGAAUGGUGCAAAGCAUACAAGACUUUUUCUUGCAUGACUGAAGCCUUUCAUUCUUUUUAAUAAAUGCAUUGUCCUAAUGGAUAUCUUCAUUCAAUAUUGUUACCAUACAUGAAGUUGUUAUGGAAAUAUGCAGAAGAUUGUUUUCAAUCCAUAUCUUGGCAAGUUCUGUCUCUCAACAAAAAUUAAAUGAGUUAUGUUAUUUUAAUGUGCAAUCUCUCUUUUAAUCCUCCUGUGGAAUAAAUGGAGUUUUUGUCUGUAUCUUCCAUGAAUUGCCAAUAUGGCACAACUUCAAAUCUAUCUGUUUUCAUGAAUAUUGAAGGAAGCAGCAAACUCAGCUCUCCAGUUGAAUGUAGUUAGAAUAUACUAAAAAUUCACUAAUACUUGGGGAGGUAUUGAAUGACUUUCAUGUAUUCUUUGUUGAAUUUUUCUCAAAUUUGCCUUGGGGUGAACUAAAACUAUUGGGGCUUUUGCUUAACUUUAAUCAACAAACUGCCUCUUUUUCCCCUAUUAGGCAACCGUGAACUCAUAGAUAGAGCAACCCAGCGAGGUACACUACUUCCAAACAAGACAUGGGUAAUUCAUGCAUACAAUGGCCCUGCAGCAACAAUUAGUUACAGAUUAAGGGUGGUAUGCGACAAAUAUUACUAUGGGAAGACUUGUACUGAGUUGUGCAAACCACGAAAUGACACAUUUGGACAUUAUUCUUGCAAUGAGAAUGGGAAAAAAGUUUGUUUGCCUGGAUGGAGAGGGCAUUUGUGCGAUACAGGUAAGUAUCAACGCGCUUAAAACUGAUCAGUUUCUUUACAAUUAUGCCAUUAAAAAGCUUUAAAGUACAGGUAAACAUAACAUAUUGUGUUUUUUUUCUUCUCUAGCAAUCUGUAAAACAGGCUGUGAUCCCGUGCAUGGUACUUGUAGUGUUCCAGGCGAAUGCAAGUAAGUGGUGACAUUUUGGGGUUAAUUUUUUUUUUCUUAAUAAGAAUAAGUCUUAUUUGGUGACAUGGUCAUGUUACUUAUCAACUGUGUUAAGUGUUCAUUGCAAUUCAAUGUUAAUUUUUUUGAAAUGGGUUGUGUUUGUUUCAGCUGUAAUUCAGGCUGGAAAGGGGAACUUUGCGACGAAUGUCGGCCCUACCCAGGCUGUUCUCAUGGAACUUGCAGUCAGCCAUGGCAGUGCAACUGUCAGCAGCAAUGGGGUGGAAUUCUUUGUGAUGAAGGUAAAAGAAGCUUGUGUUCAAUAGGGUUGUGUUUCAUUCUUAAAUCUCGUCUAUCUGCCUUUGUAUUGUUGUAGCUUCACAGAUUUCUGGUCUGAUGGUGCUUAAUUUUUUUACAGAUCUGAACAAAUGCAGAGAAAAACCUUGUAAGAAUGGAGGUAUAUGUUAUAACACAGAAGCCAAUCAGUACAGAUGUGAAUGUCAAGCUGGAUUUACUGGGGUCAACUGCGAGACAGCAAUCGACUUUUGUGGAUCAUCUCCUUGCAAGAAUAAUGGAACUUGUCAUAAUGAUGCGAGUGAUUUCCGCUGUAACUGUCCACUUGGUUGGGCUGGGCCCACUUGUGAAAUAAGUAAGCUUAACUUUGCAAAGUUGGGUGUCUCAGUAUUUGUUAAAAUGAAAUUACGUUUUUGUACAGGAAUAAUUCUUAAAUUGUUGAAUGUGUUUUUUAGGUAGGGACUGUCAAAGUCAACCUUGUCAGAAUAAUGGAACAUGCAUUAACAAUGGCCAGGGUUACCAGUGUAAAUGUUUACCAGGCUGGACAGGACACAUGUGUGGUCAAGGUUAGUUGUUCUCCUUUUUGAACUGUUAUUUUUAUUUUUUCUUCCUAAUGGUCCAACAAACAUUAAGGAAGAGCAAGCAUAUAAUUGAUAUUAGAUUAGGAAGGACUUUGACAUGACCAUGACCGCUCUUUCAUUAUUUUGUCCCUUCUCAAUGUCCCAUCAUCUCUUCUUGCCCCUCCCUAAGGGAAAUACAGACUGCUUGCGAAAUUUUGGUUCCUGAACUUAUUCAACAAACUAAAGAACACAGAGUUUUGUAAAUUUGAUCACAGGAUUGUAAAACUGCCUUAAUUCAAUAAAUUUAUUAUCUUAUCUAAUUUCAACAGACAUUGAUGAAUGUACAGCCAAACCAUGCUCCAAUGCUCUGAAGUGUGUUAACUUGGUAAAUGACUAUGCUUGUGAAUGCAAGGAAGGAUGGAAGGGUAGAAACUGCAAUGAGAGUGAGUAUUGUUCUUGUCUUUCCAUUGCACAUCUGUGCAAAUGUAUGGCAUAGUAGCAUAGUAUCUGCAAUGCAACUAGCAACAGGAAUGAAUUUCAUGUGGCUUGGGUAUUUUCUUUUACCAGGUAUCAACGAUUGUGUAGGACAGUGUAGAAAUGGUGGAACAUGCGUGGACUUGUUGAAUGAUUACAGGUGUAACUGUCCCGUUGGAUUUACUGGCAAGGAUUGCGAGACCAAUAUCGAUGACUGCCAGUCUAUCCCAUGUACUAAUAGUGGAGUGUGUAAAGAUGGCAUUCAGAACUACAGUUGCAUUUGCCAAACUGGAUUUUCAGGAAAAAAUUGUCAAGUUGCAGUAAAUGAAUGCCAGCCUUCACCUUGCGUCCAUGGAACAUGCACGGACUUACUUAAUGACUACAAGUGUUCUUGUAGUGCAGGGUAUACUGGCAGAAAUUGUUCAAUGUUGGCAACAACACCUAAUAGUUGCGACCCAUACCCUUGUCAGCACGGAGCCACAUGCGUUAAAAACGCUGAUGGCUCUGAUAUCUGUCAUUGUCCUCCAGGCUACACUGGCUCAUAUUGUGAAACUGACAUCAAUGAGUGCUUGACAGCGACGUGUCAUAACGGUGGUACAUGUGUGGAUGCAGCCAAUGGAUUUAAAUGUGUCUGCCCAACUGGUUUUUCAGGAUCAACUUGCCAAGUUGACUUAGACUCGUGCAUUAGCUCGCCUUGUCAUGGCUCUGCAACAUGUGUUGAUAAAACAGAUGGCUAUCAAUGUAUAUGUGCUGCGGGAUACACUGGAGUAAACUGUGAUCACAAUGUGAAUGAUUGUGGUACAUUGAGUCCUUGUCGCAAUGGUGGAACUUGUCUGGACAGACUCAACGGCUACCAGUGUCAAUGCAGGUGAGAUAUGAAAUCAGUUACAUCAAUUUUGUUUUCUUUUGGCAGUUUUUAAUUGCCAGAAUUCACUCGCAUUAGUAAGAACUGAGACGUUAAAAGAAAGAUUUAAAAGAGUAUCAAAUAUAUAGAAGGCUAGUUUACAAUGUUAUAAAAAUGCAUUAUCUCUGGUAGUACCGAAAUUGGUAUUUGACGUGUGAUAAAAUAUCAACCUAACGACAACUCUAUGGACAAGCUUACAACAUGCUCUUUGUAGUCUCUAGCUAAGUUUGUACACUGUAUAUAGUUUGGGUGCAAAAUCAGAACUGCCAAGAGUGCGAACCCUUCUGUGGAAACUCAGAUGUUUUUUAGCGUGCAUGCACUUGUGUUGAACAUCUGCCCACAUGUUUUGUUGUUGCGAUUGUUAUUGCAGGCCAGAGUUUACUGGAGCUGAAUGUGAUGUCCCCAUCAACAAAUGCACCAACGAAUCUUGUGUUAACAAUGGCACAUGCAGCCAAGGUGUUGGAAUGAUCACUUGUAGUUGCCCCACUGGCUUUACUGGACAGAGAUGUGAAACUGAGAUUGAUGCCUGUGACUCCAAUCCGUGUCACAAUGGCGCGACAUGUCAAAAGAUUGGUGUUAGUUAUGCCUGUUCAUGUGCAGUUGGUUUCUCUGGGCCUAACUGCGCAACGCGAAUCGAUUACUGUGCUAAUGUCACUUGUACCAAUGGUGGUACAUGCAACAAUAUUGCAGGGAAAGCUUCUUGUAGCUGUUUGCCUGGGUUUGCGGGAUUACGAUGUGAAAUCAAUAUCGACGAGUGUCGUUCUAGUCCAUGUCGCAAUGGAGGUAGCUGCGUAGACAAGGACAACAGUUUUCAUUGUGUAUGUCCAGCAGGAACUCGGGGAGACGUUUGCGAUCAAGGUAAAUUCGUAAAAAUUAUCACCAUGUUCUAUGCUGUGUUGAUGUCUGAAUAGCAAGUCAGCUUGUUGGUCUCUAUCGAUGCAUCCAUGAAGUUUCCCAACGUCAAAAACCCAUUUUCUUUACUACAAAAUUUCGAUAUAUGAAUUCUAUAUCUUACUCAUGUCAUUUCUGUUUAAUUUUUAUUAGUGAUCGAUCCAUGCUUGGAGCCUGUUUUAGUGAAUGGAUCCUCAUUUUUGAGAGAUUCCGGCGUAUGUGGAGCUUAUGGAACCUGUGAAAAUGUCGGUGUGGGAAAAUUUAGAUGCAAAUGUGACAAAGAGCAUACUGGAAACCACUGUCACUUAAGUAAGUGCGUGUGUAAGGAGAUGUAUGUUAAGGUCGUAUGUAGGCGAUCACAUCUAUUUCUUUGUUCUGAUGUGAAAAUUGAUUCUGAUGUAAAGAUGAUUUCCCUCGUUAGAAAUUGACCAUUGCAAGAACCACACUUGUAAAAAUGGAGCAAGUUGUCUCGAUGGCGAUGGAAAUUAUACAUGUGUAUGUGGCGAUGGCUGGGAGGGCGUCUACUGUGAAAAAGGUAUUCAAGUGUUUUGUUCUUUAAUUUAUUGUGUUUACUACUCCAUUUAUUUUUCUGAAGAGAAUCAAUUGGACUUCAGGGAAAAUCAUCUGAAAGAGAAUCAGCUUUUUUCAUUGAAUCAAGGCCCCAGAAAUCGUACGACGCAUAUUUUGUUACUGUUUUGAACACUGCCGUACUACACUGCUCCUUUUUUGAGAGAAUAUGAUUCAGUCGCCUCAUUAAGUCGUUGUAAAAUGUUUACGCUAUGAUUUCCUACUCCUCGUCUUCUGGGAAGCGUUAUUUAUGUACCAAUUUUUUUUAUUUGCAAUAUCUUACGCUUGUAUCUUGUUCACUCUUUCUUUAACAGAUAUUAAUGAGUGUAACUCGAAUCCUUGUCGAAAUGGCGGGAACUGUACUGACUUAGUCAACGGAUAUGUUUGCAAAUGUCCCCACCCGUGGAAAGGACAAAUGUGUCAAUCAAGUAAGAACGUGUGACGUUUUGCAUGAUAAAUAAGAUCCGGAAUUUGAGAAUUUCAAUUUUUGUUUGUAAUUGCUUACACUGGAUGUUAAUUUUGUUUGAGUGUAAUUUAAAAUUUCUUUAAAAAAUGUCAACAGCAACAUCGCACUGUGAUGGCAAUCCUUGUCAAAAUGGAGGGUUAUGCACCGAUACAGGAGACGAUUUUCAAUGCGGUUGUCAAAACGGAUUUUCAGGAAGGAUCUGUCAAUUAGGUAAGACGUUCUACAAGAUUUAUCAUCGUUUUUUAUUUUAUCGACGUUCUUUGUUUUCUUUGUUUCAUUAUUUCAUUGACAUGAUUUUUUUUAAAACUGGUGGUGUAUUGAGACUUGUUUUUCAACCACCCGUGGAAAAAUGAUCGAUAACAUUGUGAUGAAUGAGUUUGGACAGCACAGCUCACAACUCCCUUUUUCGUUGUUUCAAAGAACCCUAUUGUUUUGCUAAUGAACACCUGUUGUUCUGUUCAUUCGUUUUGUGGCUUUAUUGUCGUAUCACACAAAUCAAACGCGGCAACAUGUGCGCUUCAAUUGGUCUCCCCACAUCGCGAUCUCUUUUAUAAACCUUCUGUUGCAUCUACUCUUGAGUGUUCUUUCAAAGCGUGAUCUUUUGAUUAAAAUAAAGGGCGCGUUCCCCAGAACGUGCGCAGCAUUUGGAGUAUUCUAAACGGAUGGAACCGCAAAUGCGUGUAAUUGAAUUUACAAUGGCUAAUGAUACGCCUUUGCAUUGAGAUCAUGUUAAGAUCUAAAUGACGAUGUCUGCACAUUUUCAUUAAGUUCUUGAUGUGCCUAUUGUUUGUGCCCGAUGUUUUCUGUUACUGACGCAAGUGGAAGCGUGUUUGAUGCCAUCUCCGGUCCAAUUUCAUCACAGCGUUUUAAGCUCAAUCUUUCAAAUUAAAAUCACAGCUAAGAUGGUAAUCUGCAAAUUACACUUGACAAAAAUUUUACCAUCAAGGUAGCCAUGGAUUGGGCGACAUACAUUCUGUUAUUUAGAUAAGAAAGUGAUUAUGGCCUAAAUACAUAGAGUGCCCAUUUUUUUUUUGCGUCAUAGCUUUAGCUUAUAAUAUUAUGUACGGAAACAUUUUAGGCACAGCCUGUCGGCCGUUUUUCUUAUAUUGUUUACUGUUUCGGUUCGGAAAUGUUAAAAGCUUUUUGAAGUUGAAAAAAAAGUUCAAUUAAAAUUGCCUUUUAGAUAGAGUAUUUUUUAAAAGUGGCAGCACACGUGCGUGAUAGUUUGUGUUGUAUUGUUUUCCUUUUUGUCUAGCACCCAAGCCCUGCUCGUCCGAACCUUGUCAGAAUGGUGCAACUUGUUUGAAUGCAGGCGAUGGAGAGAGUUUUUCGUGUGUCUGCAAAGAUGCAUGGGAAGGAAACCUGUGUGAGAAGAGUAAGUAGAGCAUUGCGCAUUUGUGCAAUAAAAUUCUGCGUUCUCUCUUGCUCUCUUCUUGUGUUGGAAGUGCACAACUUCCCAACGUUAAGCCUUAGCGCUUGAACAUCGGUAUCUAUAUUCUCUAUACUGUUUUACAAACAUUUUCUAUGUUGCUGACGUGGAGAAUUUGCUCACCUAUUUAGAACUUACUUAGUUGGCGAACAUUUCCUUUAUUCUCAUGACCGUAAUGGUUAAUUCAGGGGUGAUAUUGUACGGAGAAUUGAGAUGCUAGUAACUCUUGAAAAGAAGUUGCAUUUAUAAAUCUCUCUACACGCACAUAUAAACCUGUUUCCCACGCACCCCUGGUAAGCUCAAGGAAUGUUAUGUUUAUAUUGGAGGUGCCGAGUUGAAUUAAUUUUUCAUGGCCUUUGUUCUACUUUUAGAUGUCGAUGACUGUGCAUCCAAUCCUUGCCACAAUGAAGGCACGUGCAUCGAUGGUGAGGGUUGGGUCCUCUGCUCAUGCGCGCCCGGAUUUACGGGACCAGAUUGUAAAAUCAACAUCAACGAAUGUAACUCGUCUCCGUGCAGUGGUGGUGCAACUUGUAAAGAUAAAAUCAACGGCUUUGAAUGUAUCUGCCCGCCAGGAAAGUUUGGAGAUCGUUGCCAAGGUAAGAGUUUGAACAACUUGAUAGUUGAUAGCAUGGAUGGCCUCAUUUGCAUGACGUAUUGCUUAAGUGAACUUCACUUUCAUUUCGUUGUUCCUUAAAUAAUUUGUUCGAAAUUUAUUCUAUCAGAUGACGAACAUGAUAAGAAACACUGUAAGCUGAAAGACGGCGGUAUUCAGCGUCACAACACCACCGUGCCAAAAGACUGUAACUCGUGUAAGUGCCUGUAUGGCUUGCUGCACUGCACUGGAAUUGACUGUGGUGUUCCAAAUUGCUUGAAUCGUACCCAGGCUGGCAGCUGCCCCACUGGCGCGAAAUGCGUGCCUAAGGUGGCGGCGGAGUGCCUCAGCCCUCCUUGUGGUCGAUGGGGAGAAUGUCAAGGUGGAUCAACUGCCAAGAUUAUUACCGGAAUAAAUGAAGGCGCGUGCCUUCCCAAUAGUACCUAUUUGAAUGGGGACUGUGCCAAGAUUCACAUUGUGUUCCAAGUGGAUAAGCUUCCCAAGGUCAGUUGAGCAAGGUUUAGUUAUAUUUGAUACGGAAGGGUAUGAUGCGGGCUUAUUGUUUGAGUUCAAGCCUCGGGAGGGUUAAAUAGUUCAGUGUAGUACACGGUAGCCUCUAUCGCAGCUGUCGUUUGGUCUCGUUGGAGGGAGAGCGCGUUGCGUGACGAGACCAAACAACGGUUGUGAAGGAGACUUGCUGCAAAGAAGAUCCAUGCAAACAACACGGGAAUAAGUCCCUGAAGUUAUAGGCGAUGGAUUUUCCAUCACGAUAUCUAAGCUCAUUCUAAAUGUGUUGGAUUCUCUUUCAACAGGGAACCCUUGUGGAAGAACUUUGCCAUCAGUUGCGUUAUCUACCAAUGUUGAAAAAAUGGGCAGAGAAGGCAAGACUUCGACUGCUCUGUGAAGGCCGAGGGAAAGACGGAUCAACAUCAACUGUCAUUGUAUCAGUGGUAAGUGUAACUGUUGUUAUCGAAGGAUUUUAUGAGUUCUCUUUAAGUUUUGUAUGUUUUUCUCAUCAGUUUUUUUUAGGCACGCUGGUCAGGCGCAAACGUUUUAUCUUCCUUUUUUUUAGCCAGAAACAGCAGUGCUUAGAUAUUGUUACUGUCUCUUGUAGGCCAGCACUCCGCGAACGGAAGUAGCUGAAAAGGCGGCCAUUGAUAUCGCCCGAUACAUACGGUCCGUGCCAUCUGAAAAAGGCCGUGAAAUAAAUAUCACUCUUUACAACGUGCUUAUAGCUGUGGAUGAAGUCACUGUGGAAAGAUCUGUUUCUCUUUCCUACCACGAAGAGGAAGGUGAGAGAUGUAAGAGUGAAGGAAAUUCCAGGAUAGGACAUGACCGGCUUAAAGCGAAGUAAAACGAAACCCAAAGUAUAGUCACACGGCCAAUCAGAGCAAUGGAUGAUGUUAUAAGUAGGCUAUGAAAACAUGUAAAAAAUCACGUGCGCGGCAAAACAGGCGUAAUCGAGUGGGUAUUGGCUCUAGUUUUUCGUCUGAUUGGUUGAGAAUGUGGCGCGAAGUUUUAAGACCAAUAACUAAACAUAGUAAGGGAUAACCGACGUAAUUCUAGUUUAAUUUUGAAACUCAAGUUCACGUUUUGAAGAAAAUUAGUUGAACAACAGCCAACUUACGAGGUCUAACUCCGUUUGUUAUUCUCUUAACAGCCGCACCGGACUACCUCAUUCCUUUGAUUGCAUCACUCGUGGUGUUGGCGGCCAUUCUUUUGCUAAUACUGUGCAUCAGAGGAAAGUGGAGGGAAAGUAGACGAGCGAAAAGAGAAAAUCGUUUAGCUGCAAGGCCUACUUUGAAAAAGAAACGAAAUACAACGCAGGAGAAGCCAUUGACUACUGCUAGAACUUACUAUAAUCAGACUUCCACCGAGUCUACGGCGUCUUCGUCGUCGACAUCCACGUCGACGCGUUCAACGGAGUUAAGAAACUUUGAAUACAAUCGGGCGAGUUUGCUCGACUCCACGCCCUCUGUGUGUUCUACUCCACAAGUUUUGUCCCCGCCCCUCUCCCCCAAGGAGGAAGGCGCAAAAGACGAAUGGAGGAGAUUUCGGGUGCAAAGGAACAGUACACAAAUAGAAAUAAUCGUAUAAGUAAUUAUUAGUGAUUAUUAUAUAUCCUUCCAUGAAUAAUUUAAAGAAAGGAAAGAAACAAUUCACACUGUUAUUAAUUUAUUGUACCCACGAAAAAAAAAAGUGUAGCUUUUGAAAGCAAUUUUAUAACUCCAACAGUUAAAAUUCGGCGGCUAGAAAAUUUAUUUAUCAAAAGACAAAUGUUUUUAGGCAUCAGUAAAUAUCUGGUGAUGGUUCUGUUGAAAGGCCGACUUGUAAAUAAUACAACAAGAAAAAAGAAGUAUUUAAAUGGUUUUUAACGCUGUAAAUAUGUAAACAAUUAAUUUAAUAUUUAAAUGGCCAUGUAGUUCGAUAUGAACGAAGGUGAGUCCAACACAUUAUUGUGUAAAAACGUAUACUUCUCAACGAUUUAAUGUUGGUUCGAGUUAGCUGUUAACAGUUAAGAGUAAGUUUUGAAAAAUGCAUUUUGUAGCCACAUAGUUUUUUAAAAAUAACUUUAAAGAUAGGCUGUAGAACAGUUUUCCUUGUUUACUUAACUGUAACCUUCCGUGGGUUUGUUGACAAGGGAAACUUGCCAAAUUAUUUUAUAUAGAACGAGGCUGCAGGCCACUCCGACUGGAAUUUUUCUAAAAGUAAAAGUAAAUUUGUUAAAGGUUUCGAAUGGCCCUAGAAUAUUUUUGUAAAUUUUUCAGUUCGGACCCGUCUGUUUGGGCCUGACUUCUAAAACCGCCAAGUUUAUAAGCUUACGUUUGGUGUUUGUUUUUUUGUUUAUCGUAUGAUUUGUACAUCUGCUUAUCUGGUCUGCUAAGCCUCGUUAUUCUCGCAUCUAUCUUUCAAUAUUUGUGUGUUCACUAUCCCAUAGUAACAGUAGUGUUUCGUCAUUUCAUCAUAGCUGGUCACGUAAACGUUACGUGACUCACACUUGAUCACAUUCGCAUCGCAUGGCCUAAAUGCAUUUAAAUUGCUCGAGUAUCAAAUCAAGACUAUUUCAUUUAAUAACAGAGUGAAAUUAUACGAAAUGUGAACACACUUUCAUGCUUGUCUAAUACGCAAGGCUUAAUCGUAAGUGAAGUCCCGUUGCUCGUGGAAAUCCGAAAAAAAAUACGAAUGCUUACUAACUCACUAGUGUUUCAUUAAAAAAAAUACUGACGAUUUCUCCUUGCAACGAGAUCCGCUUGCGAAUUUAUAAUGUAGCCAUUUGCAGUGCGUUCAAUUGUACCUGAGUGCUAUAUAGAGUAUAUAUUUGCCCGUAAAAACUGACUAUAAGCGGCAAAAACUUGCAGUGCAAAAUUCAAACCUACUUAAAUAAUAAUUAUUGGUAUUAUUAUUGUAAAAGAAUUUCAGCCCGGUAAAAUGUCAGCUUCUUAACCUUUAAUCACUCUAAAGUGCCCGCCGGCGCCAACGGUUAAGUUUCUCUCGUUACUCGCGAGAGGCUAAUUUUUCAAACCUGGCUGCUUAAGUUUGCUUGAGUUCUUGUUCAUGGCAUUAAUAAACACAGUUAUCGACCA